CCGGGUGGUUGUCAGUGACGCUCUGGAGCCGUCGCCAGGGUGUCAUAGCUGUUGCCGGGCUUGAGUCCGGCCAACGGGUCAGGCUCCCGCUAGAUCACCACUGGAGGUAAAAGACUGGUACAUUUUACAUACUUUGGAAAAAAACUUUGCUGAAGAUAUUAAAGAAGAGAUAGUUCUGCUGACAACUUGUGAGGAAAUAAUUUUCUGCCUCCUCAGGAUUAGAAGAUCUGUUUAUUCUUAGUGUCUUCUGAAAUAAAAUUAGUGUCGAACUUCACAUGUUCCAGGCCUUACCCAGCUGUAAAGCAGGCAAGUUGUAUAGAAUGAAUUGGGAUGAUGAAUAUUCUCAUAGUUCUUUUGACCUACAUUGUUUGUUAAACUCAUCUCCUGGAGACUUGGAGUUUGAGCAGAUCUUCAGUGACAUUGAUGAAAAGAUUGAACAAAAUGCUGCAAGCAUAGAACAUUGCAUUAAAGAGAUACAGUCCAAAAUUAACAAACAAUGUCCAGGUGUGCAGCUGCAAACACCAACUGACUGCUUUGAAUGGCUAACUCACUAUAAUUAUAGUACAUCCAAGUCAUCUUUCAUUCCACAUGGAGAUUUGACAAAAUUCCUCAAAACACUGGAAAAUUUGUUGAAGAAUGAACAAAAUCAAGAAGAAAUGAUAUUGGAUUUACUUUGGGACCUCUCCUGCCACAGCAGUGUUUCAUUCCCAUCAACUCUAAGUGGAACAUCUUUCCAUUUCCUCUCUAGGAUGUCUCUUCAUUCUGUUGAAGAUAAUUCCUCUGUGGAUGUCAAGUCUAUAUGGGAUAAUAUAAGACUGCAUCUUCGACGCUUCUUAGUGAGCAAAUUACAAAGCCAUAAUGAAAUAAACAAUUUACAGCAAAAAAGUUUAUUGAAAAAGCAGUGCUUACAACAGCUCUUGUUUCUUUAUCCAGAAUCUGAGGUUAUAAUCAAAUACCAAAACAUACAGAAAAAACUGUUGGCUAAUCUUCUGCAGAACUGCGUUCCUUCUUACAACAGAGAUUCAAAUUUAGAUAUAAUAGUUCGUGGAUAUCAAAGUACACUGCUUAAGUUAUACUCAAUAAUAAAAGAGGAUUUUACCACACUAUGUGAAAUUUUAGCUCCAUUCUCAACAGUGAAAUUCAUUAAAGAAACUUACCUGGAUACUGUUACAGAAGAAAUGGCAAAAUUUCUUGAAAAUUUUUGUGAGCUGCAGUACAGAGAAAAUGCUGUUCGUGUGGCUAAAACAAGCAAGAGCUCCAGCAAGCAUAGAAGAGCAGUGCAUGCUUUGGUUACCCCUGAAUGCCCACAGAAAGGAAGAAAUUUCUCUCUCCCCUUAGACAAAGUUGAAUUCUUAUUGGAGCUCAUAAAAUCCUUUAUGAAACUGGAAAAAGGUGUUCAAGAAUUGUUUGAAGAACUACUUUUAUCACUCAAGAUAACCAGGAAGUGUUCAGGAAUUUUGGAGAAAUCCAAUAGAGAAGUUGUAAGAGAAAAACCUAGAGCAAACAAAACUAAUAUUUCUUCAGAGGAAUUGCUACCGGGAAAAGAGGCUAUUUUACUAGAUUUUGACUGGAGAAGUGCAUUUAAAGAAGUGUCUCUUCCCAUGGCACACUGCAUAAUAACUGCAAUUGAAAGUUUUUCUGAAAAAAUUCUCCAACAGGAACAAAAUGAAAGGUCUUCAGCUGUGAGUUAUACUAUGAACCUUGUAAAUGUCCAGCAAGUUUGGCAAGACAGCCAUAUGUUUCCUGAGGAGGAACAACCAAAGAAAAUUGGAAAAUUUUGUUCUGACAUCACGGAAAAACUUGACACAAUGCUUCCACUGGCUCUGGCAUGCAGAGAUGAUUCUUUUCAGGAAAUUAGAGCAAACUUGAUGGAAGCCUGUUGUAAAGUGGCAACAGCUGUCCUGCAGAGACUGCAAGAGAGAGCCAAGGAGGUUCCUUCCAAAGCUCCCCUGAAAAAUUUGCACACACUCCUCUCCACAGCGGUGUAUGUCUUCCAGUAUUUCAAGCAAUAUGAUAAUUUGAUGAAGGAAAUUACUAAAAAACCCAUAUUCCUGGUGCCUGUCCAACGAUAUCAGGAAUUCAUCAACACUCUACAGUUUCAGGUUACGAACUACUGCGUCAGAGUUUGUGCUACAAGCAUUUUACAGGAUGCUGAGAGCCACCACUGGGAUGACUACAAAGCUUUUUAUGAGGGGGAAAGAUGUUCCUUCUCGAUCCAGAUGUGGCAUUAUUUCUGCUGGGCUCUUCAUCAUGAUCUCUGGACCAUUCUGCCUCCUAAGUUAGCCCAGGAGAUUCUAGCAGAAGUGCUGGAGAAAUCUUUGGGUCUACUUGCCUCCAGAUAUGCCCGGGCUCACCCCAGCCAUAAGAGAACUCCACAGUUAAGACUUGAUGUCACAACAAUUUUAAUAUGCACUGAGAACAUGUUAUGGUCAGUUUGUACAUCUGUACAAAAACUUUUGAAUCCUCAUGAGCAUACAGAUAAUACAAUUUUUAAAAUUCAUACCCAUUGUAAUAAUCUGUUUACAACAUUAGUCAUUUUGACUUCACCAUUAACAGAAUUAUAUAAGACUUUUCAGCAUGGCCUGGAUGAGUCUGCUUCAGAUUCCUUAAAAUCAUUUUCUAAGCAACCAUUAUUCUGGGUUUCUUGCAUAUCACAUUUCUACCCUUCUUUACUCAGGACUCCAUCAGCUGGAGGACUGAAAGCCGAGGGUCAAUUGAAACUGCUCUUAUCCCAGCCAGGUUGUAAUUGGAACUUGCUUCUGGAAACCCUACUGCAUCAUGAUGGACUUUUACUGAGAAUCUUGCUAAAAAGCUCAAAAUGUACCUUUCAAGAACAAGUUUCUGACGCAGAAAAUAACCUGAACCAAGAAUCCAGCUUGGUGGAAGCCAUCUUUAAAGUAUUGUACCAUUGCAGUUUUUCUCCACAAACAUUUGGAAAUGUUUUUGUGAGCUACAUGGAAGAAGAGCAAUUAUGGGACUUUUUAUAUAACAUCCCAGUCUCAACGUGCGUGGAUCACGAGCUAGAGAUCAUACGAUGCUUGAGAUUGGCACUGACCGAUGCCGUCAAGGACAUUGUACAGCAGAUAGUAUCUGUGAUGAACUCUAGGAGAAACUGUGAGACAAAUCUAAAUAAGCACAGUGUUCCUGAUUGUUUGCUUGAGAGCAUGCCAAAAGAAUGGAAUUAUAGUCCAAAAGAAACUACAAGGAAAGAAUCAAGCAAAAGCUUCACAAGGCUUGCUGCUCAGGCAGUAUCUAUUGUAAUCAGCAAGUUACCUACGGUGAUUGCAUGUUUGUCUCCCCCAAUUAAAUACUUCUUUUUUCUGUCUGAGAGAAAAAUGUCAAAAAACUUUGUUGAAUUGAAGAAAGCUGGCCUGCUUGUCUGGAACUUGAUUGUAAUUAUAUGUCGGAUAUUUGAGGACGGAAACACUGUGGAACUUUUAACAGGUGCCUCCCUUGACAGAUGGAGUAAAGAAAAACUGGGUUUAAUUUGUAUGUGUUUGGAAAGCAUCAUGGGAGACCAGACAAGUAUCCCUAAUCAAAUGAUCCAAAAGGUCAUACAGAGCAUUGAGCAGCAGAAGCCCAACUGGAUUGAAUGCCAAUUGUUGAAAGCAAGGAAACUGGGCACUGAAUGUGCAUUUAUGACAAUGGAGAAAAGCGAGACCUCACAAGAAGGAGAUAUUGCUCUUGAACUGACUGAGCAGAAAAUAAACAUGAUGGUCCUGGAUCUCUGCCACAAACCAGGUGGCAGCGAGUACCUGAGGCAAAUUUAUCACAUCAUGCAGCUCAAUGAGGAAUAUUUAAAAGAUCAGCUGUUUUCUAUGAAUAGUUCAGAGGAAAAGCCAUUACCCAUCCGACCUUUAAAGACGACCUUGAAGAGUGUGGAAGAUCAGCCUUCUGCCUUUAACCCUUUCCAUGUGUAUAAGGCAUUUAGUGAACACAUGCUAGAUCAGUCAGCCAUCACAAAAUGGAACUGGAAUUGGACAAACUUGCUGCCAAAUUAUCUGGGACUGGAUAAGAUGACCUUCAGUGUGCUGCUCAAAAACAGAAACUUACCAUCUGAAAUAAGGAAACUCCGGAACUAUUUUUGGGAAGACUUUUAAACCUGGACAACUCCCUGAUAUUACGAAGACUGACGGUGCUUCUGAACUGUAACAAGGAGAUUUUAUAUAAGACUGUUCUUACUGGAACCUGUUUUAUGUAAGAACAUACUUAAAAAGCUAAUUUCUUUUCUCCUUUUUGCACUGCAAUCCACAAAGUGUGACUAAUAAUAGAUUUAAAUUUGCUAAGUGCAUUCACUCCUUUGUGCCAUCAUAAAGAGAAUCUAUUACUGUAAAAUUGAGGCUUAGUUCCAAAUUGCACCAUUAUGAAGUUUUCUUCCAGCAAUGUUUUGUCUCUAAUACACUUCCCUCAUUGUAAUUCUAUUGCAAACCUGAUGUCUAGCAUCAAGUCUCACAAUAAUUAUUUUAAAUUGCUACUAGGAACAGUAGUCCUGGUGGGAUAUAUUACUACCAUUCUAACAAGAUGAAUUUCAAUGCACUUGUAACCAUAUUAUAGUAUAUUAUGAAAGAAAGAAAAUCUUUGAGUUUUAUAUCUAUGGACAUGCAUGUAUCAAAAAAAUAAUUCUUAUAAACUUCAAAAUACUUUAUAUUUAACUUCUAUUUAAACUAAUUAUAAGUCACAAGGACAAAUUAGGAUAUCCAACCACAUGGCCCAUUAAUAGCAUGCUGAGUGACUUGAAAUGCAUAAAUAAUUGUAAAUAUAAAAAUAUUAGCAAUUCUACUGCUUUGAAUAAUUAUGCAUAGUAAUAUAUUUAUAUGGUAGAUUUUAAAGAUAAUAUAAAUUAGAUUACCACAGGAGAAAGGCACCAGAAAACUAUUCAAAAUGAAGCUGACAUAAAACUUUAUUCUUAAUUUAAUCUUUCCUAAGGCUUCAAGUCAUAUAAACAAAUGAACUACCCCAAAAAGUAUGUUGAAAAAUAAUUUAUUGUAUAAUAGAAACUACAAAAAAGUCAUUCUCAGGAGUCUAAAACAUUGAGCCUCCAGUUGCUAAUAGACUAAAGAGGAAAAUCCUGCUAGGGAUCAACAUGGAGAGAACAGGAAAGCAUGUUAAGUCUCCCUGAAACGUAGGCAAUUUGUUUAACGGUAGUGUUACACAAUAAACUGUGUGUUUCAUGAGUUAUUUUAUAUUCUUACUGAGGGCAUUCUAAAAUUCACCUGACUAAUAAGUCGCCUACAGGCUUACAGAUAAACUGGGAAGAUGAUCACUUUUCAAUUCACUGGAAGUGUGAAUUUUGAAUUUGGUGCGUAACAGAAUUACUCUAAAGAAAUAGUAGAGCCAAGCUUCCCUGUUACAGAUAAAAUGAUUAUAAAAUGAUGAUCUCAGAUUAAAAGCUAUUUCAGUCUUAAUAAUUAAAUAAGUUGGCACACAGAAUUUCAAAGAAACUUCAAGUAUGAGUUCCAUAUCUGCAGGAAUUCUCUUAAAAAUGUUCAUAUAACACUCCAAAUGAAAAAUCUCUUAACUACCUAGCAAAAUUGAAAGUUACUCCCUGGAGUGGACCAAAUGAAGAAAAGUUAAUCUGCAUACUUUACAAAAAGGGGCAGUUGAAUUUACAUGAACAAUUCAGCAUUUUACCUUAAAUAAUAAUUGAAUGAACUAUAUUACAUAUCAACCAGCUUAGGGCUACCAAUUGAGUCUUGAGCGAUUACCCCAAAAUGGCAGAGCAACCUUCUAUUUAUAAUAAAGUGGUUGAUUUUUAUGCAAUAACAUCCAUUCUGUAGCAUUUAUAGCACAUAGAACAAUCUGGAAUUAUAUUAUCCUGUCUAGUCAUUACCCUUCAGAAACUGAGAAAGUUGUUUUUUUACCAUUAGGUCAUCUCUAAAACUUUUGGUAUUGCUUUGUAGCUUAGUUGCAAUCACUUCUCAGUGAUCUGGACCUGAAAUCAUACACUUUUGUUUCAAAACAUCAGUAUUUGUUAGCAUAAAGAGUUAUUUAUUUUGUGUGUCACUAAAAUAAAUUGCAUUUACUUCUAUAUUUAUAGUUACUCCUUUAUAUAUAAGUGUCUAUUAUUUUAAAUAUACUAUUGAUGUUGCAGGGGGAAAAACAGAACCCAAGGCAAAAAUAACCUUUGUUAACAAUGUUUUUGGACAUAGAUCUAUUCUCCAAGUGGCCAGAGGUAAUUGUAUUAUUCUAUUGGCAAAUGCCUCCAUAGAACUAAGUAUAAGAUUUUACCUCCCACUUUCAGGAUAGGGGAAAAGAAGUCUAAGUUAAUAGAAAAAUGAUUAGAAACAGGUGUCUUAGCUUUCAGUUUUGUUAAAAAAAAAACUAUCCUAAACCUUUUAUAAAAUACCACCAGUACCCUUCUCCUUUUUCUUUUGAACUAAAAGCUUUUUUGUGAUAUCCAAAUAGAAACAGUUGUCCAGAAGAGCAUAUUUAAUUGAUGUUUUCCCAAGAGCGUGACUGAAAAAAUAUGCUGACCCUGUGUUAUUGAGGUCUUUUGGAAUCACUACUGAUUUUUAGAGGAUAAUAAAGAUAGCUGUAUUCCUUUUAACAUCAUACAUGUGCUCCAUACAUAUUUAUUUUUAUAUUUAAAAAACCCACAUUUAUGUGUUUGCAUUUAUGUAGAUUCCUUAAAUUUCUUGACAAGAGAAUUCUGAACUAAUUUUUUAAAUGCUAUGUUGCAUACUCACCAGCAAUUCGUUUCAUGAUUGGAAUUGUAUUCUCCCAGUCUUUAGGUAAAAUUAACUGAUGAAAAGACUUAUAUAAUACUGUAUAUUGAAGAUCUUCAGAGGAGAACCACAUACCCCAACUAGCCAAAAGCCAAAAAUCUUGAGACUGAAAAUAUCACAUCGUCCCAGAUUUCCUAACCUUGUAUGAUCGUUAAGUCACAUUAGUCUCUUGUUACACUACAGAUGCUCAGGGCCAUUCUCUAGCAAUUCUGUUUGUAUAGACCUGGGAUAUGUAAGUAUCUAUAAUUUUAAAAAAUCAUCUUAGAUGUGUUGAGAAACACUUGACUAACCUCAAAUCCAAUUUUUUUUGCACUUAAGAAAUUUAAGGCAAUUGGGAGUAAAAUAAAACAUAUUUCUAUGAUUUUUGGCAAGAUUAACUUGCUUUUGAGAACUAAGUAAGUUGAUGGCAUGAAUCUAAACAGAACUCAAUUCUCUAAAUCUGAUUCCCAGUGUAUGUGUUUGUAUGUGUGUUUAGAGUAUUUUGGUUCAAAUAAGUUUUCCUUUUUAAAAUAUAGAUUAAGUACGGUCUGUGUCUGAAGUGAUGUGUUUCAUUGGUGGUGAAUACAAGUAAUUAUUUGACAUGUCCUGGAAGCAUGUAAUGAAGAGAUCAUAAACAUAGAAAGGACCCCAAGAGUUAUAGUCUAACAAACUACUUCCUAGAAAGAACUAUAUCUAAAGUCUCUUAUAGAGAGGAUUUAUUUUUAUCUUAAAUAUCUCAAGAGAAGGUAUUUCUUUAACUGCCCCUGUCAGUCUCCCCCCCUACUACAUAUGGAAAUAUUAUAAUUGGUAUAAAUUUUUUAGUUGUCACAUGUGUCCCUUUUUCUUUUUAGAAAGAAAAUACAGCAUUUUCCACUUAUUUGACAAUUCCACAAAUUUAUAAAACGAUUAAAUUGAACAAGAUAGGUAGGUAGGUGGACAGAUCUUUGUCACCAAGAGAUGAAUGUUAACUUCUUGCAAGUGAAUACAAGAUAAAAGUUUAGAGUCAUGGUUCUUACCUCUUUUUUGAAACAAGAACUCCUUUGAAGUUCUAAGAAGAUCUCUGCACAGAAACACGUAACAUAUGUAUCUACCUCCAGAAUUUGCCCAUAUACUUUCAAGAGGUUAUGGCCCCUGGAAGCCUCCUAGAAUAAGCACUAAUCUGGCAGGAAGAAGCCAUCCCUGAAAUACUGGGUGUUCAGUACAUUCCUCAUAUGUUGAAGAAGGCGAAUUAUCAUCAAAGCUCAAAUAAUAUAAAACAUGAAUUUAUUAAUAUUAUUUUCAAAAUCAAGAUGAAAACUGAACUAUAUUGCCUAUGCAAUUAUACUGUAAAUCUGUGCAGCAUAAAAGUGAGUGUCAUAUUUCACCUGAGAAUAACUAUUAAAUGAUUUUAAUUUUUUUCUAUCUUUUAACAAUUAAAGUUGAUCAGAGAAUUUACAUUUUCUAAUAACCUUGCACAGAAUAUUCAUGUACAAGAAAAGAUUGAUUAUCCUAACUGCCAUAGGAGUUAGUGAUAAGAUCAACCCAUGGAGCUCAGAAGGUUAUUCUUUAAGGAACCCCAAUACCAGAGAUUUAAUAAUAGAGAGACAUGAGCAGGAAGGAGAUGACUGUAUUAAAAUGAAAAACUUGUUGAUGGUGCAUCUCUGGGGGACAUACACAUUACAUCUUGAGUUUUCUGCUGUGUCUGCCAUUUCCUUUUUGAAUCACAUUGGUGUUAAGACCUAUUUCCCAAAUAGCUCCUCAUUUUACAGAGCAACUCCAAUGGUCCUUGACUUCAUCCUUCACUAACAAAAUCAAAUCCAAGCCAAUUACCUGAGAGGGACAAAGUUUUACAGGUAUACUUUAACUUAUAAAAUUACCAUAAUUGGCCAAGUGUGGUAGCUUACACCUGUAAUCCCCGUAUUUUGGGAGGCUGAGAUGGGCGAAUUGCUUGAGCCCAGGACUUCAAGACCAGGCUAGGUAAGAUAAUGAGAUCUCAUCUCUGCAGAAAAUACAAAAAUUAGCUGGGCAUGGUCACUUGCACCUGUGCUUUUAGCUACUUAGAAGGCUGAAGUGGGAGGAUCACUUGAGCCCAGGGAGGUGAAGGCUCCAGUGAGCCAUGAUCAUGCCAUUGCACUCCAGCCUGGGCAACAGAUUGAGACACUGUCUCAAAAAAAAAAGUCAUAAUUCUGAAAAGUUCUAAGUAAAUGAACUUUCUCCUAAAUAAGGUCACCUCAGGUAUAAGAAAAGCAUACAAUUAAAAAAUAUCUUAUGACUACUUAUUAAAAAAAAGAAACUAUUUCCACCCUUCCCUUCUGCCAUCAUGUGGUUUUUCUCUUCCACAAUACUGAGCAACUAAUUUUCACACGAUACCAUAUCUCCAUUGACAGCAUGGUACAGGGUUGCACAAUGACAUCUCUACCUUCCAUAACUAUGCCAAGCUGCCUUUCUUACACUGCUAUUUAUGCAUUUUCCUCUUUGAAAGUAUUUUCCUUAAGUGUGUCAUCUCUACAGGGCCUCUUCAUGCUUUGUAUCUAGGAUAUGUCUUAGGCGCUCUUAUAAAGUUUGUUUGUAUAAUACAUCAAAUUAAAAUUGCUGCAAUGACACAGACCCAAUAGGAAAAAUCCAUGCCUGCCCAAUAUCAUGAUGCUUAUCACUUCCCCUAUUUUCCCCUUUUCAUAGGGUACACAGUCAUAUGUUUUCCUAUUCCCCUCCAAUCAAAUGCCAUUGUCAUGAAUAAAUAUUUAUUAAUAUCUACUAUGGAUUCAAAGAGAUAUAAGACAUAGUCACUGUGCUUACUGACUAAUUGGGAAGUUAGGCUAUGCAAAAGAAUGAUUAAUAACAAUAUGAGGUGGCACAGACUAAAUGAUACACAACACUCUUAUCUGUUCAGCAAAUCCAAAUUUCCACACAUUUAUGUUGCUUAGAGAGAAAUACAUCUGUAAUCCGUGACUCACCAUGCCUUUUCGCUAACUGUGUCUUCUAGCAUAAUGAAAAGUAAUGUGAUAAUAUAGUGACAUAUUACUGUGAUUUCAGGCCAUUUCCAUAGAGGCAGAGCACUCUCAUGAGUACCACAAUGGAAUGAGAUACAGAAGACCAGGAUUCUAAUCUGAGAAAUGCCCCUGACAUUUUAUGUGACCUCAGACAAGUGACUUAACCUCUCAGUUUUGAGCCUUUUCAUCUGUAAAGUAAGCUUAAUUCAACUUGUCAACAUCAUAGAGAUGUUAUGAAGCCUAGCUAAUUAAAGCCCAUUAAAUGUUUUGAAGAUAAAAAGUGUUUGCUUUACAGUCAUAAACAAUAAGCAAAAAACAAAAAAUAAAAAGUCUUAUUUUAAAAACCUAAUUUUUGUACAAUUGUCACAAAAAAUGAUGCUGAUGCCUUCUAGAGCAGAGCUGUAGAGGUGCAUUUACACUGAUCCAUCCAUGCUCUCUCAUUUGGUUAUUUUGGUUACCAAUAGCACUUAAGAUAGCUGGAUAGGAUGAGGUAUCCGUCUGUGACCACAGAACAAAGUAAAGCUAACUGGCCCCUGUGGAAUUGGACCAAUGACCUAGGUCACAUUAACACUAUCUGUGAACCAACUGAGCUAAUUGGAUACCACGUUGAUAAUAAUGUAUCAAAACAUGGUUUGGUUUUUUUUUUCCAAAGCUUCCCAUAGAUUUAAUUUCAAUAACCAUAAAAAAUUAGUUUGAGUAAUUAGAUCCAAAGAUAAUAAGCUAGACAUUAUUAGAAGCCACUAACCUCCACGGAAUAACUCUUGCUGUCCCCAGUAGGCCUGAAGUUCUCAGCAGGCUCUUGACUGUCCUGAGAAAGUGAAGGUUCAGAAUGACAAGGCUAAUAAACCCAGGGUCCUCCUGUUGAGAUUAGGAAUGGCUCUUAUGCAUCUUUUGCUCACUGAACGUCUAUUUGGCAAGAAUUAGAAAUUGUUCUAGUCUGUGGGUCCUGUGGAGGCUAAUAAAGUGACAAUGAAGAUGCAUUGUGCUACAGAAAACAGCACUAAGUACUAAAUAAAAAAUGCCUUAACACUCAGCUCAUAACUUUACCUCUUGGGAUUGAUGAUAUUUUUCGGCAGAGAACAUGAAGCAAGCCUUAAUGAGGAACUGAUAUUAGGUGGGACCAUUUCAGUAAUUCUUAGUUCUUUGAACUUUGAGGCAAGGUUAAUGUACAUGGUACUUCAUGGAACAAAACAAAAAUAUAUGAUGUUGAAAUACUCCCUUUCUAGAAAUAUGAGAGUAAUAGAACCCUGCAGUGCUAACAAAGUAGCAUGUAAAUCUUAAGGCGUAUACUUCAGAUUUCAAGUGGAAUGAAUGGCCUAUUCGGCUUAAACUAGGUAAACUUGAAUUCUGCAAAGCUAAAAUACUGGAAAUUAGCUCCGUGAUGUAUUAACCCAAAUAAUAAUGUUCCUGACGUAAAAAAAAGAUGGAAAUUAAACAUCUAGUUAUGAAUACUGCGUCUGCACAAUGUGCUGCAUGCACCGCAUGUGUUAGAAUUUCUUCUCAGUUCCUUUUUUAAUCUUUUAUUCAUAGCAUUGCAGGUGAUGAAAAAUUUAUGCCUUGAGUCUGGCAUUGAAAUUAAAUGCAAAAUGAAAACAGAAGCAGUUUAUACUGACAGCUUAAAUAUCUUUAUCUAGCAUACGGUUGCACUAUAAAAAUCACUGGGUGACUUUUUAAAUCUCCCACAUGUAAAAAAACCAAGAGUUGUACAAUAAUGAAUAAAGUUAUCUAAGAUAUCAACAGAAAAGUUGUAUUUUAUUAGCAUUCUUUGUUAAUUUCAUUUUGCUCUAUUCUGUUUUUGUUUAAUGGGCACAGACAGCUGAAUAGAAGCUUUUGAAAAUACUGCACAAAUUAAUUGUUGAUACUAAUUCCUCGGAGUGGUAGGAAACAAUUGAUUUUUGCAGUAUUUUUAAUGUGUGAUUUCCCAUGUAGGUUUAUGUCUUAAGCUGAAUAGAAAACAUCAAUCUGUACUGAAGGUAGUUAUGCUGCAGUAAAGGUUAAUUAUUCAGGUAAAUCAGUCUGUUCAUCACUAUAGAGUGAUGCUUGGGAAGAAUGACAAUAAUUACACAGUUGCUAGGUACAUGAGUGUUCAAGAGUAUUUCCUUUCUUAGAAUAGUUGCAGGUAAUUUUGUAACAUUAUUUUAUUAGUCACAAUUCUACUCAUAAAAUGAGUUUCCCUGUAAAUGGUUACUAUUUUCUGGAGAUGCUGAGUCUUUUGUCCUAGGCAUAUUUGUAUAUGUUAUGCUGCAUUAAAAUGCUCACUGUGGCUUUUCUGUGGCUUUUGUUGAUGAACUAAUGCUAAAUCUCAAAUAGUUAGCUCAUAAUGUUAAUUAAUUGAAGAAAAUAAUUUCCUUUUAGUUUUGUGAAUAAUGCACACAGGUUUAAAAUACAUUCAGUCUCUCUCUCUCUCUCUCUCUCUAUAUAUAUAUAUAUAUAUAUACACACACACACACACACAUAUAUGUACAUGUAUAUAUAUUUAUGAGAAUUUUAAAAAUAGGUAUAGAGUUAUUUAGCAUUUAAAUAAGUAAAGCAUGAAAUUUAGAACAGUCUGCAGUUACAUAAAGCACCAAUACUAAAACAACCACUUAGAUUUCCAUAUUUAGAAGACUUCAGCACACAGCUUAAAAUAUUUUACACUCAGCCUCUGAUUUGUAGCUCUUUCCUGGCUGUUUUAUGUAAACAUACUGUGUAUAAUUAUGCAGAUAAUUUUAUAUAAUAUUAAUUGUGCUAAGAGUGCAGUGAAAGUGUGUUUAAUUCAGUAAUUCAUUUACAUUUUAAUGAUUUUCAUAGCAUAAGAUUACCAAAUCAAAUUAAAAUAUCUCUGACCAUUAUAUUAUGUUGUGUGAAGAGUUCAAAUAGUCAUAUUGCUUUAUAUUAUACAGAAUAUAUUUAUCACAUCUUGUUAAGGACAACCAAAAGGAAUCUUAAAAUAUCCAUAAUGAAAAAAUUCUUCAAUGCAGUUUUUAUUCCAACAUUAAAUACACUUAGAAAGUGGUAUCCUAAAGCAAUAACAUAUCAGAUAUCAGAUUAUAAAGUAUAUUUAAUACCUGUGUUCAGCACAUGAAUUGUUGAGUUGGCCUGCAUCUUUGAAAUACAGUUGGUGCACUGUAUUACAUUAUUAUUAUUUUUUUUUUGCAAACAACCUAUACAAAAAAACAAAUGCAUUUAAUUUAUUCCUCUUUAAUGUAGGAAGAAUGUUUCAAGAUGUUUAAUAUGAGAAGCAAGUGAAUUACUAACUUUUACAUGUAAAGAUAGCAUCUGAAGCCACUCUCCAAAUCAACAAAUUUCAGAUUAGCAUUUCUUUAUUUCUUUCAUCAUGUACAGAUUUAAUAUCAUCAGGAAUAAAUAUAAAUUGUUUGCUUCUUUCCUCCUAAUUCCUGAAGCAAUGUAAAAGUCUAGAGAGGUUUGAAGUGACAGGAUUACAAGCAGUCUUUUGCAUACAUGGCCUUUAGGGAUAAGCGGCUACCUUGCAUCUAAUAAACAAGAAAGUGAAUUCGUUGAAUAGUGAAUUAAGUGGCAUAAGUUGUGAUAACAAGGAGCAAAUGUAACUUCAGACGAAUAGUAUUUGCUUUGUGUGGGGUUAUCUGAGAGGGCUGAUGUUCCGCCAAGGGAGUCUGAAAAAAGGCUCAUUAUAUUAAGAUGUUCUUUUACAGAACACAGUCUUAAAUGAUCUUGCAGUUUUUUCCCCUGUUUGCUGAACUCCUUUGUGUGCUUCUAUCAAAUCAACCAUCUCCACCAGGGGGAUAACUAGGAUUCUUUCAGACUGUUGAGUGUUGUUGAAAAUGAAAAUUCCUGGUGAGUUUUAGAUGGGUCACCCAACAAUGAAAUAGAGAUGUCUAAUUGGUUCGUCCAUAUUAGGGUCAGCAGCUGGUUACGGAAUAAAAGGUUGUAGUGCCCCAUUGCACACUUUUGAACUAAAUUAAAUUAUUAAUCUCCUCUUUGCUUCAAUGUAGCUUCACAGGGAUUCUUAACCUGCCAUGCCAAAUAAAACAGAACGACUGCUUUACAUUUUCAUUAUGGAGAAUUAUAUUUUAAAUUGCAAAUGUUCUUCUAUUUAGCUUGCAUUGCAUAUCUCAUUGGAUAUGUAGAAAUGUCUUCAACAGUCAGUGCUUAUAACUUGUUUUGUUAAUUUCUAAUUGUAGCUAUAAAGUAUGAAACCACCAAAAAGAUGAUUUGCAUUCAGUGCCAACUCUCUAGCCAGAAUCAGUUGAGCCAUUAAAAGCAAAGUCAAGUCUUAGGGGGCCAUUAUCUUUGACUCUUAAAUUCAAAAGAUAUAAUUAAAUUAGUAUGUUGCAGGAAGCUUUGUAAUCUAACAUGAGCUUCAGGUUAAUUUAACCAAGGUUAUUUCAUGAUAGCAAUUUCUGCCAGGGGUCAAAGUCCUAGUUUUUGUACCUUUGUAUAAUUAUUUUGAUUUUUUGUUAUAAAACUACUCUAAAGUGAAUAUUAACUUUGUGGAAAAUUAUAGCUGCAUUCAGGUUUCUCAAAGCAUUUAAUAAUGUCUUAAUAAUUAUAUUCUGUUUUGAACAAUAGGCAUAGUUGCAGUAAAAAAAUUUACCAUGUUUUCUUAGAAAUUAUUCUAAAAGAUAUUUUCGAUCUACAUUUUAAUAUAUGCCAACUUUGGACUUUUUCUUUAAAAUUGUUGAGUUAUGAGAGCAAUAGUAGAAUUAAGUUUAAAAGCUGGUUGAUUUUUAAAAUGUAGUAUGAUUUCUAAAGAUAAAUCAUUUAGUAAUCACAGCUGAAUGAGGGUUCUAGUUCUGAUGUAUUGCAUUGGCUAAAGUUUUGAACUUCAGUCAUUGGUUCAUAUGUAUGUUGGUGUGCAUGUGUGUAUAUAUUAGCUGAGUCUAUUGGAAAAUAUAAAAACCUGAAGACCAGUGAGGACUUUUUGUAAAUUAGAAAUAUCUUGUAAAUAAUCUAGUUUGUUUAUUUAUUCAUCAAAAACAUAUCUACACAUAUCAAGUACUGCGUUAAGAGACAUUUGAACAAGACAAAGUGAACAAGAUAAAGUCCUUCUAUUGUGGAAUUUACCUUUUAAUGGAGGGAAAAUAGAUACCUUAAAUAAAUCUAUAAACAAAUCAGCAAAAAAACCCAGCAGAGCAAAAUAUUAGGAAAAAAGCGAAAUGGUAUGAUGUCACAUAGAGUGACAAAAAAAAAAAAGGCUUCUUUAAACAGAGUUGUCAAGGAAGGCCUCUCUGAGGAAAAAGCAUUGAGCUGAGACCUUAGCCAUGAAAAGAGCAUUCCAAACAGCGAGAACACCAGGUACCAGAGCCCUGAGCUGGGAAUGAGUUUGUCAUAUAUGAGAAACAGAAAGAAGCAAAACUGGCUUUAUUGGCAUGCAACCUGGGUGGUUACACAUGGCCCCAUGCUUAAGGGGCCCCAGUUUAACGCUUUGCUGUCACCAUCUUGAAAUUUUUAAAUUUUUAACAAGAGGCCUCACAUUGGUCUAGCAAAUUAUGUGGUCAGUCCAGAAAAGAAGGCUAACAUAUCUAGAGCCUAGUGGGGUGAAAGGAGGUUGUAGGGGGCAGCAAAAUAAGACCAAUGGUGUUAUUUCUGGGUAUAUAUGGCUGGUACUGGCAUCAGUGUACUUUGUGGGAGAUUAGUUGCACUUUGUAAUACAGCCAUUUUUGUCUGCUAGGUGGGAAAGUGGAAACACUGUUUUUGUUCUAUAUUUAGCCAAACCCUCAUGUACAGAUGAUAAAUUCCUCAGGGUAAUGGUGUCUUCUGUUUACUGUGUACACUUCAUAGCAUCAUGUGAUUAGAUAUUCCACAAAUACUAAUUGCAGCUAAAAGGAAUUUGCCUUCUCUUUUAACCUGACUGGGCUUUUUUAGGAAAAAAAAAAAAAGAUAUUUGGUGUUCACAUUUUAAUUCUUUCUUUCUUCCCACAGUUAUAUUAUAGCACCAAAUCUGUGUGGCCAUUUAACAGUUAGGUUGAAUCAUGUAAAAUUGCCUAUAUUCAACCAUUUGUUAACUAGAAAAUGGCAAUUUCAAUGGUUCAUAGCAGGUUGAAAUUGCAGGUUUAUUUAAGGAAGUAAAAUAGAAAUCUUAGAAGCAUCUUUGUAAUCCCUGCAGGAUUACUUAACAGAGAGGGGGGAAAAAGUAGUUCAGGGUUGUUCAUUAGAGCACCACAGUGCACAGUGCUGUCAGGUUCAUGCUGAUGGAUUGGUUUCCUUAGGGGUAAAUCCACAUUGCAGCAAGGCCUUUCUGCCAGUCAGCAACUUCUCCCUCCCCCUACCCACCUCCCCAAUAAUAAGGUCUAUGGACUGACAUCCACUUUCUACCAUGUUCUGUAUUACAGCAAGAGGUGAGUUGCCAGGAAUUACUAUGUGAGAGACUCAAGGCCAAGCAGUUUCUCAGACUUGCAACAGGUUACACAGCUUUGGUCUCCAGGCUAUUUAUUAUUCACUGAUGACCUUUCCUCUAGGCAAAUCUAUUUCCAUUUGUGUUGAUGACCAUGAUAAUUUGCCCAGUGAUUACUAAGUACAAUGAAUUAUGGGGUUCUGUGACAGAAUCUGGCCCGCAGAGGUUUAAUUGUGUCAAAUCAGGACACAAUUUCUCUGAUCAGGACGAAGAGGAUUUUAUCAUUCCAGACAGGUAAUGAGCUGGCAAAUUCUCAAAAAGAUUAUUCUGAAUGAGAGGCUUUUGUUGUUUGCUUCUUAAUUUAUCUUUUGGAAUGGUUGCUGGUUCUAAGUAAUCAUUGUCAAGUAGCUUCUUAUUUGAUACACUUCUUCAUUUUAGUACUACCCUAAAAUCCCACUCUCUUUUAUGAUUAUUCUACUUGCACAUUCCAUUUCUUGCACUUUAUUGCUUUCUUUGCUUUUCCUAAAAUCUUUCACCCUUUGAACCACACACCUAUCUAUACAUUUUUUGAGUCAGUAGUGAGAUCAUGAAUUCCAUUCUUAGUAACCUAGCAAAAAUGAAAAGCUCCUAAGAAGUUUUAGUCCUCCCUCGAAAACAUUUUUAAAUGUAUUUAUUAUCCUCUCUUAUAUUUUCCCAGUAAAUUUCCUUUGCUUUCUACUGAAAGAUGACUACACAUUAUUUACUCAACUCUACAAUCCUAAAGUAUUAAUAGAAGAGUGUGUUUGACUUUUUCCCACACAACAAAAGACCUCCAAAUUAAAAGUAAAAAAAGAUGCAACUAUUUGGGAUAUUUUAAUCUGCAUAGUUUUUUUUUUCUGAACUUUAUACUAGCACUGUAAAUAUUCCUCAAGUGAAUGAAUGCUCUUAAGGAACUUAUUGUCUAGUGAUGGAGUUGGGUCAACAAUGACAACAAAAUACAUGCUGGGAUAAAGGGAAAUGCAGAUAUUUAUAAAAGCUCAGGGCAAGAACUCACAACCUGGUCUCAGUGAGUCAGGGAAGUUUUCCUGACAUCUAAGCUGAAAUUAAACCUAUUUUAAGGUCUGCACUUCCCUCAUUUCCCCUGGGUCUAUGCAAAUAAAAUUAAGAUGACUUUCCACGGAGUAUCAUACCAGGAUUGCGGUCCUGAAUUCUAACCUCUCAGAUUUUCUUUUACAAAGAACUUGCUCUGUUUUGUCUACAAAGGGCUUGUAUAAACAUUUUAUGCUCCUUAUUUACCAAUCAAAAGUAGUAUGUUCUGUGUUGAUUACAUUGGGCACAAAAGUCUUGGGGAAAGUUUUCAAUAACAUCAUAAACUGCCACAUUCAAGAUAACUUUUAGAGACAAAGUACACAAAGUUUCCAAAGGAGCAACUCUCUAAUAGUGGGAAUUUCAGCUGCUAUGGCAAGUGAAUAGAUUUUUCUUUUUUAGUUGGGAGCCAUUAAGAAGCUUCCCCCAUGUUUCUUUAAGUAGGCAACUGCAUUCCUUAACACCAUUUUAUGCCUCAAGAAUGAAUUUUCUUAUUUAUUGUAAUUAUGAGAAUGGCAAAAGUGAAGAUAAAAAGAAUGAAGAAGGCAAUGACAAUAGAGAGGAGAGAAGUAGAUCUAUGAGCAAGAGAAAUGACCAAAUUCCUUCCACUUUCCUUCCUAACUAUAUUUCUGUUGCUUCUUAAAUAAGUCACAUCCUUGUUUCACAACCAACCUUACCAACUGAGGCAGCCUGAUGCUGUUUGGAAGGAGCAUGGACUUUGCACCCAUAAAGUCUGGGUUUAGAUCUUGGUUUUGCCACCUACUAACUGUAAUGACUUUAGGCAAUGUGCUGAACCUCUCUGAGCCUCAGAUGUGUUCAGAUAUAAAAAUAUCAAUACCCAGCCCACUGAACAGACAAGAGAAUUAUGGGAGAUAACACACAUCUGCCAUAUGUAUGCAUUAUAGCUAUGGAGUAAUCACAAUAAUGGCAAACUUAUACUAGAAUAUUCUAUAAACAAAGGGGACAAUUACUACAAAACUAAAAAAGAUAAUACAUUUCACCUUUGAGAGGACUCCUGUGGAAUCUUCUCUGCUUGUUCAGUGUGUGCCAUCCCACCUGACCCACCCAUUCCCCAAAGGCACACAUGUGCCCUAUCCAAUUUCAGUUUGGUAGAGCGUUGGUGGUAUAGUGGUGAGCAUAGCUUCCUUCCAAUUUCAGUGUGGUAAAUUAAAGAGAGUGAGGGGAGUGGAUGAGGAGAUCUAGUUCCUUAUAAUAAGCUUGUCAGUACUAAUACUCUUAGACAAAAGCUAUAUUAUCAACUUCCUUCACAACAUGCAGUAGAAACCAUUGCUCUGGGAAUCCCACUUCUAAAACUAGACACUACAUACAUGGGAUAGAGAAAAGCUCUUGUCCUCUUUGCCACUUUGGAAAAUAUUUUGCUUUACCUCUUCCUGCCAGAAGAAGGAAAGGUAGCUCACUGUUACUAUAACCUCAUACUUUAUUGUCUUAUCAAAACAAUAAAAUGUACUUGAAGAUUAUUCCUGGGGUCUGUUUUUAUCUCUAUGGGAGAAAAUCUCAUUGUCGAGCUGAGAUACCAUUAUUGUGAUCUUUUUCUCUCAGUUUCUCUAUAAAGAUUAGGCUUUCCAAAUUGAAGACGGAUUAUAAAUCUGUGUUGCACAGAAUUGAGGUCACAUUUAAACCUUUUUAAAGGACUGAGUAACUUGAGAAGUUGCUGAGUCAGGACCUCUCAACGGACCUCUCAACAGCCUUCUAUUAAAAGUUUAAAGAUGAAAACAGUAAAAUACCUCGUGCAUCCUCACCGCUCACCUCCCAAGCCAAUGGUAAGAACUGUGGUUUCUCAAGACCUCUGUUAUGUGGUUUCUCAAGACUCAAAGAUGACUCCAUAAGGGUAGAACUGUCUCCACCAUCAUAAGUCAUUUUAGUCAUAUAUCAAUCUUAUUAAGUUUUGCAUUUUGGGUCUUUGUAUCAUGCUCAUAGAGGUAACUUGAUCUUUCCAUUCUGACUCUGACUCAAGAGAUUAGAUUGUCCUCUGACAAGAUCAAAGUAUUUGUAGCUAGAACAGACUUAUAAAUAAAUGGCUUAGAAUUUGGUCAAUUCAGACUGCUAAGAAGGAAAUAAAAAAAGAAAGAGAGAAGAGAGUAAAGGGGAGAGAAAGCAAGCAAGUAGGCUCAAACAGGCUGCCCAUGUGAACCUAGAAAUUUGAUAUUUUAUUGUGAUUUCUCUACUCAAAGAUUCUGCUUAUAAGCAGGCUUCAGUUUAAACCUCAUCUCUCAUUUUUCAACCAAAGUCAGGAUAUGCACAACCAGAACAACUGUUUGCUGAGGGAUUUAUUAAAAACUUAGGGGUGAAUUCUGUUAUGAGACUCAUUUUGGUAUGAUAAUUGAGACUGCUAUAGAGGGAAGUUUCAUGAGCUGUCUUGUGAAAUACUCCUCACUAUCUUGAAAUACAUAUCUAAUCCAAAUAUUAGAAGGUAAGCCAUGAACAUGGUAGCUCCUCUUCCUUACAUUUUAUCCUUAAAUAAGGGAUGUUUUAGCCUUUGGCCUUCAAAUUACUCAAAUGUGAAGAAGAUACCGGUGUUUCAUGUGAAAGAUAAUUUUCAAUACUUGUCAACUUUGAACAACUAGUAAGUUUUAGAUUCUAGAUUUGCUAGGUUUCAUAGCAAAGCAUUUAGUUGUGUAACAGAUAUUAAGAUCAGUAUAUACUUUACUCAGACAAUUAUUUGAAGAGAAAUGUUAAAUGAAAGCAUGUGUACCCCAUGUAAAUGUAAAACUAUAGGUAGAGUAAUAAUAAUUGUGUCAAAGGGUACUAUAUAUAAUAAGGAUAAAUUAUUGAUGUUAUUAAUAUGAUUUCAUAUUAAUUGGAGAGGUAAGGUACCUAAAGUUUACUCCCUAUUAUUCGUCAAGCACUUUAUGUUAUUUAUCUCACAUAAUCCACAUGUCUGCUCUGUGAGCUAGGUAUUAAUAUUUUCAUACCUGAACAACACUCAGAAAAGUGACUUGCCAAAGAUCACAGUAACAAAACCAAGAUUCAUGAAAUCCAAGCUAUAUGGGAGGCUAAGAUGGAAGGGUUGCUUGAGACAAGGAGUUCAGGACCAGACUGGGCAACAUACUGAGACCCCGUCUGCAAGAAAAAAUUUUUCUGAAUGAGCCAGGCAUGAUGGUGCAUCCGUAGUCCCAGCUAGCUGGAAUGCUGAGAUGGAAGAAUCACUUGAACUGGAGUUCAAGGCUACAGAGAGCUAUGAUCAUGGCACUGCACUCCAGCCUGGGUGACAGAGCAAGACUCUGUCUCCUCCCGACCAAAAAAAAAAAAACAAGAUUCAAAUCCAUAACUUGAAUACUUCCAAGUCCAUGAUUGUGUGGGAACACAACACAAUGCUUCUUCAAUCAGGUAAGGCUGGCUGUAGAAUAAAGAUACAGUUUAUUCUAAGAAGUAGAAGAAAUAUAGUUUGUGAGGAAGAAAAUUUCUUCCCGGUGCACAAACACGGACUUGGCCAAUAGUGAGGGCUUAUCUCAUGCUGCAAGACCUUCUUCAUAUGGUUAGGUUAAAGGCAAUCAAGCCCAGAAGCCUGGCUGGAACCCAAACCCCAUGCUAAUACCUGGAGGACAAGUGGCAUGGUCACCAUGACAGGGCAGGAAAGUUAUCCAGAGAGCUUUGUGGAUUCCUGAAAAAAGAGAGCUAGGAAGCAGAAAGGUAGUGAAAUAUCUUUGGAGAGGCAAAUCAAACACAGAAGAAACACUGCAAAACAAUAUAUAAGUAAGAGCUCAAUUUUGUGGUAGAAUUGCUAAAUGCUUCAGGCAUUUAGAUGAUAAAUCUUUGAGGGCUAGGUUAGUCAGAAAGUCUGCGGUAAGGACAAGCUUCUUAAACUCAGAAAGAUGGAUGCAAACAGGGAUGAUGUUCCUAGAUGUUUGGGCAGGAAAGGGAGGAACGAGUAUGACGGAAGACACAAGGCCAGAAAACAAGUGUGACCUCUUUGAUGCACUCCCUCUAAGAGUUUAUGGGCCUAGGAGUUUUGACAGUAAUUCAGGAAUUGUGCAUUCAUUGAACUAGUCCUUUUUCACCACAUAACAUUAGAUCAAGGAACAUUUUGGAACCCUUCUAGUGUAAUGACAGCUAUACUCAUGGAGGUCUUGCUAUGGGCUAGGCACUUUGCUAAGCAUUUUACUUUCAGUUAAUCUUAACAACUACCUAUAAGGUAUAGAAACUUUCAACUGCCUUACUUCUCACUUAAAUAAAGCUAGCAAGUGCUAAAGGCCAGGAUAUGAAGCCAAACAGCAUGGCUCCACACUGCUCAGCCCAGGAUGUAUACCCUGCAGGGCCCACCACCCAGGAUCCAGCCCAGGAUGCUAUACCCUGCAAGGCCCACCACCCAGGAUCAUAAGUACAAAUUUAAGCCCCUCAUAAACAACAAAGGCAAUUACAGUUGUUACCUCUCAACCCACAAAGGUUAAAACACAUCUAUUUCCAAGUCCUACUGCACACCUUAAUAUAACAAGUAAGAAUUUUAUGAACAUUCACUGUGUACCAGGCAUUGUUUUAAGUAUUUCAUAUGCAUUAGCUCAUUUAAUGCUCACAACCCAUGGGGUGAUAAUAUCCCAGGUCUUAGAGGAGAAAAUGAGGCUUCUGUUGUUUCUAUAACUCGCACACAGCCACACAGCUAAUAAGUUUCAGAGACAAGAUUUCUACCAAGUUAUGAUAAAGGAAACAGAAAAAUGCUCAAGAGACUUGAAGAUGUAAGACAUUCCAUAUGAGUGAGAGAAUAAGAAAAAUGUACAAGGGGCCAGGCAUGGUGGCUCACAACUGUAAUCCCAGCACUUUUGGAGGCCAAGGCAGGCCAAGGCAGGUAGAUCACUUGAGGUCAGGAAUUUGAGACCAGCCAAUAUGGCAAAACCUCAACUCUACUAAAAAUACAAAAAUUAGCCAGGUGUGGUGGCAGGCACCUGUAAUCUCAGCUACUUUGGUGGUUGAGGAAGGAGAAUUGGUUGAACUCUAGAGGUGGAAGUUGCAGUAAGCUGAGAUAGCACAACUGCACUCCAGCCUGGGUGACAGAGCAAGACUCCAUCUCCAAAAAAAAAAGGAAAGAAAGAAAAAUGUACAAGGAGAUAUCAUUUGAGUUGAUAUUUUAAAAUGGGUAGGAUGGGUGGAGGGCAUUUCACAAUGAGGGCUGAGGGCUGAAGGCUGAGGGCUGGGGUGGGAAGAAUGUUGGAAGGACUAGAGGCAAAGAGACCACUCAUGUUAGGUGCUCAAAGAAUUGUUGCAUAAGUGAGUUAAUACAUGCAUAAAUAUCCAAAUGAAUCAGUGUGGAAUGAAAAGCAUGCUGAUAGUGGUAAUGGAAAGGAGAAUAAUAGAAGAGAGAUUAUAAAGGCAGACUGUAGGAUUUAGCAGUUGACUGGGAUUUUGGAAAUGGGGAACCAGAGAGAAUGUUUACACUGGGACAAGUUCAAUUUGAAAUGGCAGCCAUAUACUUUGAAAUGUUCCUCAAUAGUGGGAAAUGACAUCUGGAAUUUGGAAGCAAGUUCAUUAUACAUACCUGUCAAUCAACUUAGUUUCUAGUAUUGCAAAAUUAAUUUUAUAAAACAAUUCAAACUUUGGAAACAGUUUUAAACCAUACAAAAUUGUGUAAAGCAUGCAAAAAUGCUAUCUUUCCAUAUAAGUGAGUUAUGUGCUUUAAAUAGGAAGAAGGAGAAAGAAAGUAAAAAUCAAUUGACUGAUAAUAAAAACACUGCCUUAUUUCAAGCAGUGCUUAAAGAGCUGCCUUUCUAUGAAGUAACUUUGGGAUUAUAUACAAAGCAAAUGAGAUUUAGCAAAAGUAAAUUGUGACUGCGCCAAUUAGCGCAUUUUUUUUUAAUAUUGAAGUUCUGGGAACCUGAUUUACAUUGAGGAGACAUUUGAGGUAAUGUUCUGGGAAUGUGAGAUGGAAAUUUCCAGUCUAUGUCUUUAAGAGAAUAGCAGAAGUUGUACCUAGAAUUCAAUUUUUAGAAUGACCUCUUUGGAACUCCCCAAAUGUAGGAAGGGUUUUUGUUUUUUAAAUGCUUAAAAUUCUUUAUACAAUCUACUGGAAAAAGAAAAAAGAUGAUGAGUCAUUCUAAAGUAAUCUGUUCAUUCAUUAUCAAGUGAAUGGAACCAUUUUCCAGCAGGUAGCUAUCCUUAAAUUACUCACCACUUCACAGUAAGAACAGUGUCUACAAUCAUUAGGAUACGUAAAGUCUGGGAAACUAAGAGCAAGAGGGAACUUUAGGCAAAGUGAAGCUAUCAGAUGAUACAGAUUGGGAGGCUUUGAUCCUGUCGUGAUGUGAAGGCUUCAGAUGUUAACGAUGACUAUGUAAAACAGUCCAGUAUGGAAGCAUCUAAGAUAAAAUUCUUGUAAAUUUUUGGCCAGGAACCUAAAACCUGCUUCAGUCUGUGGCUGAAAUUUUUGUGCCAAAUCAGAAGGCACUUUGCUGGUUCUUUUUUUAUAGAAGGGCCAAAUGAGAUAGAUUGGAAAUAUGUACUUUGAACAGCCAGGCAGAGUCUCAGGAAGUCUGCCAAACAAGAUUUCCAAAUAAAAUGUUUGGGAAAGAAAACAGGGAUGGACUUUGCAGAUGCUGGAUGGAUUCCACCAGCCAUCUGUGCAAAGAGUUACUUGGUAUCACAUCAGCUGAGAGCUAUGAAGUGGCACAAAACUAUCAGCAAUAACUUCAUUGUUAAAUGGGUUAAUUUAUUUACCAGGCAACCUUUUAUUUACUAAGAUAAAGUAUCUGAAUGUAUCCACAUUUCCUAUGAGAAACAAUAGCAAUGACCAAAAUUAUUGAAAUAUAAGGGAAUUUCGGCAAUGACACUAUUACCUCAGUGCUAAUGCAUUAGCAGUUGAAAAAGGCAGAUUAAUUUACUUACGGUGAGCUAAGUGCAUUCUUGGCUCGCAAAAGGGAAUCAUUUGCUCACUUAAGCCAGAGAUCCCAUUUUUGACGGUAAAUGUCACCGCCUGGAUUUCCCUUUGACAGUCUGGCAACCCCAUACCCCUGUUAUAGUAUCCAUUUAUUUGUCUUAUUUUCAGCCAGAUUAAUCCAUUCUGUUUUGACAAGAAGACUGAUGGGUAAUUGAUAACUGUGAUAGACACAAACAGAAGAGUUGGAUGCUGAAUAAUUCAGCACUUUUCAGUAUCAAUAAGAGAACAGGUUGAAGAAUUUGUGUCUCUAUUUACACUUAAACUAAACUAAGUCAGCCCAGACAUUUAUGCUGCCAGUCUAUCAGAAAACCAAACAGUGUACAUUCGGUUUCCACCCGACAAAAUGUUUUAUAAGCUUGUAACAAUAUGUGUGAAGCUGCCAGAAUAAUAAAUAGGUACAGCAGCCCAUGCAUGCUAAUGUUAUGUUGUAAGCAGUUUUGUUGACAAGUGCUAAUACUUCUUUCAUACUAUCAUCAAAAGCAGCUAAUACAACAGCCAUUAUUUGCUGGCUUUCCAAGCAAGACAUGAUGGAUUGUGACCUUAAUAUGGGUUAGCCGAGUUUUGAAAGUUAAACAACUUGCAAUAAAUCAUAGAAUUAUUACAAUGCAGUUUAAUUGGUUAAGGACUGUUUAUUUCCUAAACAGGGUGAAAAAUUUCUGUUUCGGCACUUUUAAUUUGCAAAGUGCAUUUUCAUUAUGAAUGGCAGUUUAAUAUUCUGCUCUUUUGUCAUGCAAAAUAUGCAACACACAGGCAAUCUAUUAAUUGGAUGAAAAUGCAUUGCAAGCGUAAAUUAUCCUUUAUAUCAUCACUUGUGAGCUUUUACAUCUAUUAAAUGUGUUAAAUGGAACACAGUUAAAGACUGUACAACUAUUUGCAGGCUACUUCUGAAAUUUAAGUCAAGCUUCAAGAUGAUUUUAAUGACCUUUAUUUUUGGCAAAAUAAAGUAAUUAAGUAAUUGUAAAUAUAAAGGGCAGUUUGAAGAGUAACUGCUUCCUUAAGGCAUAGGUGCAUAUGUUUUCUUGAUUCAGCAGUCACAGGAAACAGACAAUAGCACUGUUUCAUACUGAUAUGCUUUGAGAAAUGGAUUUCAACCUCAUGUAUUUACCUUUCUCUUUGCCACGGUAUAAUUUCUAGAGCAGAAAUUUCCAUUGGCAAAUGUGUAGAAAUAGGUGAGUAAGGCAGUAGCAAAAUAAUAUUGCAGCAUAGCUCAGCAUAACUGAAUAGCUGCCUCCAUAUGCUUUGGUUCAAUGAUGUGCCUUUACACAGGGCUAUUUAGAGUGCAGAAACAGUAACAAAAUACUUUGUACUAGGAAUGUUGAUAUGACAUAUGUCUGAUUUUAAGAAUGCCAGAUCUCUCAAUGUGUUCCCGUAAGAUUGCCUUAAAAUACAUGCAACCUAUUCAUUUACACAGAACUCUGAGCCCAUUUCUCGUAUUUAUUCACACCUGUGUAGACCUUUUGAAAACUUAGAACUUCCACUGAUGUCAAACAUUUUCUAUAGAUUGGCCCAGAUUGAAGCAGGGAUACUUUUGUGCUGUCACUCCAAAUUUCCUUCAAUGAUACAAAUUGUCAGUAAUACAAAAUGAAAGUUAAAAGUACACUUCAGAUAGGUAUUCCAUUCAUUUUUCCUAGGUUAUAAGAGUGUUAAUGUGAGAGUGCAUUCUGUUGUUUUAACAGAAAAACUGAAGAACAAUUUAUCAUACACAAAGGAAUACAUUAAAAUAAACUUCAGAACUUAGAUGAUAAAGAAAGGUAGAAAUCAAAAGUUCUGCAAAUUGAGAGAAAUUGUUCAACUUUCUUUAUGCUAUACAGUGGCACAAAUGUGCUGCAGUUUCUUAGAUAUUUCAUUGAAAAAGAGGACGAAUUUAGUUAUAGAAUUUUAAUCUUGCAGUAAUGUUUAUCAUUUUCCUUCCCAUUUAAAUGUCAUGCUUACCUAAGCUAUGUAAUUUCUCUGCCUCAAGAGAAAAGAAAGAAAUGGGGGAAGAGAAACAUGGAAAUGCAGGCAGAGAAAGAGAAAGGGAGGGACUGUUGACAUAUUCUGUUGAUUGUACUUUUUGGUGUCACUCGUGAUGAAAUGCUAAGGUAAGGAAGUACUAUCCAGUAAGUAGUAUGGAUUGUUAAAAAUCAAUUAUUAGCCAUCAUGAAGAACUACAAUUGUUUUAACUAUAUUCUGAACUGUAUAGUUUAGAAAAUUUUAUCAGGGACAUAGCCAUGAUUGGAAAAAUAUAAGUGAACAUAACCAAAACUCUUAACUUAUGAAGGUGGUAAGUUGAAUUGAAUACAGUACUUCCCAGGUCACUUUUCAAAGUCAUAAAUUAAUAGACUAAAUCUUUGAUUUACAUAAGAAUUAGAAUAUUUUCUGAAAGCCCAGAUGUAUAAAACUGAAAGCACAUUGGCUAUAAACUAAAUCAUUUUGUUAAAUAAAUUUUCAGUUAUCACUUUCAACUGACUUUUCCCCAUAUUAUAAAAAAUUUAAACCUAUAGAAAAGUUGAAAUAACUUUAAAAUGAAUACCCAAACACUCAUCAUCAUGAUCUACCAUUUUACUAUUCUUGCCUUUUCACAUACCUAUUCAACUUUCCAUCCAUCCAUCAAUCCAUCUUAUUUUUUGAGGCAUUUCAAAGUCAGUUACUGCCAUCAUUAUGUUUUUCUGGAAAUUCUUCAGUGUGCUUAUCAUUAACUAGUGUACAAACUUUGUUUACAGUUUUUUUUUCUUCUGAGGAGAAAUCUGCAUGUCAUGAAAUGUUCAGAUCUUAAGUGUGCCAUUUCAGCAAACUUUUCAUGAGCUUCAGCCAUGAAAUAAGCUCUAUUAGAUAUUGACAUUAAAUGAAAUACAGUGAAUACAGAAGACUCAAAGGCUCUAUUUUCAAACUACUCACAACUGUUAGACUGACCUAAUCUACAGGGCCACCUCCUAUUAGGACAUUCACCUUUGCAGGUCUCAAGUUUAUUCUGUUUUACUAGGAAGAAUAGUUUCUAUAAUUUGGCUUCAUCAACAAUUAUAAUAUUAUAUGUUGUGUACCUGUUACGUGCAAAGCAUUUCAUUGAGUGCUGUGAAGAGCAUAAGGAGCCUUAAGAUAUAGAGUCCAAUAUAUAUAGUCCAUCAAAGAUCCUGUGGUAAAAAUGUGUACUGCCAACUAAAGUGGGAUAGCAUAAAAUUAUAUACUUAGAAACCAAGUGAGUAACACAGAAAAUACCAGGGGUGUUUAGAGGAAAGUGAUAAGAUAUCUUGGAGUAUUAUGGGAAGGCUCCAUCAACUUCAUCUUUCACUUCUACCUUACUGGCUUGCUUUCUUUUCCUCAAACAUACUAAGCUUGCAUCUUCACUGCAGCCUUUGUACUUGUUCCGCCUUUGCCUGCUUUGUAAUGUGUGACAUCCCAAGAGUCUCAGAUGAUGUAGAUGACAUCUACAUUAAGCAGUGUUUUUUUUUCAUCUUUGCUCCAUUUUUAUGACACAACAUUUUCUCUUUAGUGUGUCCAUCACAUGAGGAACACAGGGUAACUCCUGCAAGAUUUUUCAGUGUAUCUCAGUUUAUGAAAGUGCACCUAUAGAUUGUAAGCCUUGAAUACUUUUGUAUAGUUUAACUUGGUAUGGUUUUUACAUAUACUAUAUAAUUUUAUCCUCACAAUAGUCUGUGAGAUUGGCAUCACCUAUACAUAUAUAGAGAGAACUUACAUGCAUAGACACACACACACACACACACACACACACACACACACACACACACACACAGAGCCUAUUUAUGCAUACUUCAAAGAUAUUGUCAGUUUGGUCCCAGACCACCACAAUAAAGUGAAUAUUUCAAUAAAGUAAGUCACACAAAGUUUUUCCAGUGCACAUAACAGUUAUAUUUAUAGUACACUGUAGUCUAUUAAGUGUGCAAUAGCAUUAUGUCUAAAAAACAAUGUACAUACUUAAUUUAAAAAUAAUUCAUUGCUUAAAAAUGCUAAGGAGUAUAUGAGCCUUCAGCAAGACAUAAUCAUUUUGAUGGUGCAGAUUCUUGUCUUGAAGUUGAUAGCUGCUAACUACUCAGAGUGGUGGUUGCUGAAGGUUGGAAUGACUGUGGCAAUUUCUUAAAUAAGAGAACAAUAAAGUUUGCCACAUCAAUUGACUUCCUUUUAUUUACAAAAGACUUCUCUAUGGGAUGUGAUGCUGUUUGACAGCAUUUUACCCACAGUAGAACUUCUUUCAAAAUUGAACUUAAUCCUCUCAAACUAAAUUUAUGAAAUAUUUUAAAUCCUUUGUUGUCAUUUCUAGUGUUUAAAACACCUUCACCAAGAGUAGAUUCCAUAUGAAGAAACCACUUUCCUCAUCUUUUCAAGCCUUUUCAUGAGAUUACAGCAAUUCAAUCACAUCUUCAAGCUCUGCUUUUAGUUCUAGUUUUCUUGCUAUUUCCAUCACUUCUGCAGGUACUUCCUCCACUGAAGUCCUAAACAUCUCAAAGAGUUGUAAUCAGCUUCUUCCAAACUCCUGUUCAUUGUUGAUAUUUUGAUCUCCUCCCACAAGUCACAAAUGUUCUUAUUGGCAUCUAGAUUGAUGAAUCCUUUCCAGAAGGAUUUCAAGUGACUUUUCCCAGGACCAUCAAAACAAUCACUAUGUCUGGCAGCUAUAGCCUUACAAAAUGUAUUUCUUAAAUAAUGAGACUUAAAAGUUGAAACUAGUUCUUGUUCCAUGGGCUACAGAAUGGAUGUUGUGUUCGCAGUCAUAAAAACAACAUGAGUCUCCUUGUAUAUCUUCAUUAGAGCUCUUGGGUGACCAGGUACAUUGUCAAGGAGCAGUAAUAGUUCGAAAGGAAUCUUUUUUUCUGAGCAGUAGGUCUCAACAGUGGGUUUAAAAUAUUCAGUAAACCAUGUAAUAAACAGGUGUCCCAGGAUCCAGGCUUUAUUAUUCCAUUUAUAGAGCACAAGUACAGAACAUUUAGCAUAGUUCUUAAGGGCCCUAGGAUUUUUGGAAUGAUAAAUGAACAUUGGUUUCAACUUAAACUCACCAGCUACAUUAGCCCUAAAAAAAAGAACCAACCUGUCCAUUGAAGCUUUGAAGCAAGACAUUGACUUCACCUCUCUAAUUAUGGAUGACCUAAAUGGCAUCUUCUUCCAAUAGAAGGCUGUUUCAUCUACUUUGAAAAUUUGUUGUUUAGUGUAGCCACCUUCCUCAAUGAUCUUAGCUUGAUCCUUUGAAUAACUCACUGCAGCUUCUCCAUCAGCACUUCCUGCUUUACCUGGCACUUUUAUGCUAGAGAAAUAGCUUAUUUCCUUAAACCUCAUGAACCAAGUUCUGCUACCUUCAAACUUUUCUCCCGACACUUCGUCACCUCUCUUAGCCUUCACUGAAUUGAAGACAGUUAGGGUCUUGCUCUGGAUUAAGAUUUGGCUAAAGGUAAGGUUGUUGGUGGUUUGACCUUCUUACCUGAGUGUGAAACUUUUUCCAUAUCAGUAAUAAGGUUGUCUCUCUUUCUAUCAUUCAUGUGUUCAAUGGAGUAGCACUUUUAAUUUCCUUUAAAAAACGUUUCCUUUGCAUUCACAGUCUGCCUCCCUGGUACAAGAAGCCUGCCUGGCUUUUGGCCUGUCUUAGCUUUAAUAUAAUAUGCUCCCUCACUAAGCUUAAUCACUUCUAGCUUUUGAUUUAAAGUGAGAGAUGUGUAACUCUUCCUUUUACUUAAACACUUAGAGACAAUUGUAGGGUUAUUAAUUGGCCUAUUUCAAUUUUUUUGCCUGAGGGAAGAGGCAGGCCAAGGAGAGGCAGAGAGACAGAGGAACAGUUGGUUAAUGGAGCAGACAGAACACACAUAACAUUUAUCAAAUAAAUUCACCAUUUUCUAUGGGUACAGUUGAUGCCACUGCAAAACAACUGCAAUAGUAACAUUAAUGUAGUUUGGAUAUUUGUCCCAACCCAGAUCUCAUGUUGAUUUGUAAUCCCCAAUGUUGGAGAUGAGGCUGGUGGGAGGUGUUUGGAUCAUGGGGGUGGAUCCCUCAUGAAUUCCUUGGGCCAUCCCAUUGAUGAUAAGUGAACUCUUGUUCUGAGUUCACAUGAGAUCUGGUCAUUUAAAAGUGUAUGGAAUAUCUCCCUCACCUCACUCCUGCCUCUUCCAUGUGAUGUGCCUGUUCCCCCUUCACCUUCUGCCAUAAUUGACAGCUCCAUGAGGCUUCACCAAAAGCCAAGCAGAUGUCAGCAUCAUGCUUCCUGUAAAGUCUGCAGCACCAUUCACCCAUUAAACCACUUUUCUGUAUAAAUUAUCCAGUCUCAGGAAUUUUUUUUAUAGCAAUGGAAGAAUGGCCCAAUACAAACACCAAAGAUCACUGAUCAUAGAUCACUUUAUACACAUUAUAAUAAUAAUGAAAAGUUUAGAAUAUCACCAAGAAUUACCAACAUGUGGUACAGAGACAUGAAGUGAGCACAUGCUGUUGGAAAAAUUGUGUCAAUAAAAUUGCUUGAUGCAAGGUUGCCACAAACCUUCAAGUCAUUAGAAAAAAACAAAAAUGCAAUAUCUGUGGAGCACAAUAAAGCAGAGCACAAUAAAAUAGGUGAGCUUCUUUGUCUAUAUAGAGAGAACUUAGAGAAAUAAAAUCACUGAGCCAUAAGUUACAGAGAAAUUGAAACUCAGUGAUUUUAUUUCUGCAAGUUCUCAGCAGAGCUUAAUAAAUACCAGCUAUCAUUUUUGUUUCUGGAGAGCUAAGGCAAAGCACUAUUCACUGUAGCAACUUGUUGAAAUCCUCAUAUUACUUCUCCUCCUCUUCACCAUGCAACUGCUGCUAUAACCACUCCUCCCACAACUCAUUCAAUAUUUCAUCAACCUUGUAACUAUCAUGACAACUUAUAUUCAGUUUUGGGGAAACUUUUUAAAAAAAAAGUUUGGGUACAGGCUUUUUUUUAAAAAAAAUAGGUAUUUCAGAAAUGUUACCAGCAUGCUGACAUCUUCAUACAAAUUAAGGAUCCUUGAAGUGUCAAGUUGACUAACGCACAAACACAAAUGGGCCCAAUAUCAAGAAAUGAGAGAUAAACUUAAGUACCUAUUAUUUUCAUAGGAGUGACCUACUUCUUUAAAAAGGCCAUUUCAAUCCCAAAUUUCUAUUACUGUUUAUCAACCAAAAACAUUGUUCAGUAAUGCCUCAUCACCAUAGAAGAAUUGUCCCAAUGCUUCUCUUUAGGAACCGUGUCAAUCUGAGUUAUGGUAUAUGCUAGAUACAGUUGUUGAGGACAUUGGAUCUUUUCAAAGAUGUCCUUAAAUUCUAUUCAAGAGAGUAAUUAUAACAUGCUAAUUUGUAGAUUCUCUAUUUUUAUGUUCCUUAUUUUUGCCUCUUAUGUGGUCUUCAGCAGAAUUCUGUCACUUAUCAAAAACAUUGCUAUGUCCAAAAACCCAUUCUUCAGCACUAAAAAAUGUAUAAUUUUUUAAAAUUAAAAUAUAAUUUCUUAUGCAGGAUUUUAGUCCAUGCAAACUUUAAUUAUUAUCUGUUAAUAUAUUUUUAAAUGGUGUCAUUGAUCCCUAAUUUAUACAGGAGAGCAAAUGAAUUUAUUAAGAUAAGGGAAAAAAUCUUGUCUUUUUUGUGAGUUAUACAAGAAUCCUAUGUCUAGAGAACAAGAAAUAUAUCUGUGCAAAUUUUUUUCAUUGCAACUAUGGAAUCUUUCUCACAACUUUUUAGUAAAUUACAAUUCCAUUACUUUUUACUCCCCACGGAUGAAAAAAAUGCACUUCAUUUUUUGGCAAUACAAAUAAACAUCCUGAGUUGAUAAAAAUAUCAAUUACAAAAGUGUCUACCCUAAAAGUCACAUUCAUUUUGUUUGUUAUUGCAAGUUAUUAAAAGGCUUCCAGGCAUGCAUAUAAAACCUGAAAAACAACAGUUGAAUCUAUCAUAUUAAAUUAAAAUCCCUCCAUAAAAAAGUAAACCCAAGUAGUUUAUCAGUUAGGGAAUGCCAUGCUGCCCCAGAAGUCAAUACAAAUAAGACUUUAUUAAAACAUAACUAAAAUGAAGUUCCACAAGAAUCCUCCAUGGGAAUUGUUCUGCCUCAAAUUCAAAUGUUGAGAGUAAAAAUACAUCAGCUGACCUUAAUUCCCUUAAAGUAACAAAGGAAGAAAAGAGAAACAAAUUCCAAGGCCAACAACUGAAAUAACACUUGAGAAAGAAAAUAUGGCCUCACAAAGGCAUAUAUGGAAAAAAUAACUGCACUGCAAGUUAGACAAUUCUCUGCUUUCAAACAAUUUAUGCUCUUUAAUAUUUGUACUAGUGGUAAGCUUCUUUGACCAUUUGUCUGAUACCUAAUGUAUCUUUUUAAGUGAAUGCCUACAAUCUGUGUAGCUGCCAUGAGUUGGCAAUCCAGCUCAUUUUCUUCUGUCUUUAGUUAUACUGUAUUACUUACCAUACCAUUAAACAUUAUUUUAAUAAGAGUUCUCUAUUUUCUUCCCCAAAGCAACAUGUAAAAAAUUCAAACAGAGUGCUCAGAUUUGGACAAUCGGGUUGUAGUACAGAUAAGAUAGGCUUCCAGUUAUACACAGUUCCCAACAUGUUAGCUAUAUCUCUAACCAGAGAAACAAGUGUUAACACGUCCCAUCUGAAAGCUGAUGUUCUACAUUAUCAUGUUAAAUGUCCUCAAAUUAUUUCAUGCAAUGGAUGUUUCAAAAUAUAUUAUUUGAAUAAUCUAUAACUGGACAUUUAUUCAGUCUCUAAUAUUUUGUCUAAAUAAUGUCAUGAUAAAAAUUUUUAGCUCUUUGAACAUCCAUACAGAUAGGUAAUGAUUAGAAUAUUAAUAUUUUAAGUAUUUAAACCAAAAAUACAAACCAAAGAUCAGCAACAAUUUUCAUAGAGUUAGAUUAGAAAGCAAUUUUCCAGAUUGCUAAAAAAAAUUUCCACUGUUACCUCUAGCCUUUCUUAUGUACCUAGUGAACUUACUUCCUUGUGUAUCUAGUGAACUACAGAAAGCAAAGUAAUGUAAUUUUUUUUUACUGUUUAAUUCAUGUUUGAAAGAAACCACCCUCCUCAUAAACAGGAUGCAUUAUUUCAGACUAUCUCCCAAAUAUGGAAGAUAUAGAAUAUCUUCUUCAAACAAAAAAAGGGUAUUAUGUAUUUAUGGUGAGGGGUGUUUAAGGACAUAUCAGUAUACUGCCUAUGUAAACUUAUUCUGUUAUUUACCUGAGAAAUGAGCCCAUAUAGAACAACUUCAUUCAACUGCAAGAUGUACCUUGACGCCCUGUUGCGACACAUACAACACAGAUUAAUGUGAAGUUCCCCCUUUUAAAGAAAUAAAAAUUAUGCAGUCUUCCCCCAUAGCAUCAGUUACUACAAUAACCUAAAUGGAAAAAUUUGAGAAGUUUUCAUGGAAAAACUUUCUAUGGGGUGAGGGAAGAUACAUAUUCUUUCCUAUCUUUAUUUCUACAUGGAAACCGUCAAGAUUUUUCACUGUCCCAUCUUCUAUCUCAUUAUCCAUAUCUUCUGAACACCUGUGGCUUUAUGGCAUCAAUUUAAACUAAUCGAAACUAAUUCCAAAAAGAGUGAAACAGUAAUCUUUUAUGUUGCAUGUAACAGUGAAAAUAUUGGGAAGGAUAUAAGGAAGAUUUGAUGUAUAUGAAUGGCACAGUGCCUAACCUAGCUCCUUCCAUGCUUCCUAAAUGUUUCACUGAGCUCAGUAGGUUUGUAUGGCUUUAAAAGACACUAAGGAGCACAUACACACCUUUGCCUUUAUUUAAAUAAUCUUUAAAGUUCAUUGAGGAGUGUUUGUUAAAUAUGGCAGACUGUUAGACAUGGCAGAAUCUUCUGAUACCUCUCAAAAAUAACAGAAAUGGUAUUUUCUGAAAGUAUAAACCCAUAAAGACAAAAUGAAUGGGAGAGAAGACAACAAUGUUGAGAGAUAUCAAAAAUUUGAAAAACAUAAAACAAGUGAAAGAGUGGAGGUCAUAAUCUAAGUAUCUGCAAAAGGGAAUCUUAUGAAGUAGGGGGAUUCACCCAUUAGAAUUCAAGAAAGACUCCAGAUUCAGAAACACUGGCUAUCUCGGAAGGCAGAACAGUAGAAAGAUGGAAGUUUCUGAGUCCAUGGUUUCCUCCUCUACAGGAGAUAGAAGGCUUAUUUCUAAAACUAAUUCCAUUAGAAACAUUCUAGGUUGAGAAUGAUUAAUGGAACUGAAAACACGAGAAGAAAUGAAUAUCUGCCCCUCCUGUCCUUAGUAUGGUACUUGCCAGUAAUUUACCUUCCAAAUGGGAGAUUCUCUUCUGGAGAAAGUAAACAGCCCUAGACACAAGAGCUUCAAAUACUAAAAUUUCGAAGUCCUCAAACAAAAAUUCCAGCUCAAGUAAAACCCCUGAAUUGACAGCCCCACCUCCUUCAUGCAUACCCACAAACAUACAUCUUCCAAAGAAUUCUUUAGGCAUUUGGACUUAAAUAUGAACCGAUAGCCUAGAAUUACCUAGAUAGCCUACAUACUUGAGGCAAAUCUCUAACACGAAUAAGAGAAAUCAAAAGAGAGAAACAGAAAAAAAAAAGAACCCACGGGAAUUAAAGAUACAUAAUCACUAAUGAUCUAGAGAUCUAAUGAUUUGAUCUAAAGAUAUACCUGCGUUAGAUGGCAGAAGAAAACUGAAGAAAAUCUAUAAUAAAUAUUCUCAGAGAAUUAAGAAUAGCUAUUAGAUUCAUAUAACAAGAAAAAGGCACCAAUAAAAAAUUACCCAUAAGAAAAUAAGAAAUUAAAAUACUCUAUAGCAGUUUGAAAGAUAAUGUUGAGAAAUUCCACUAGAAAAUAAGGCAAAAAGAAAAAAAAUAUGGAAAAUAUAGGAAACUAUAACAAUUCAAGAUGUCUUCUCAAUGCCCAAAUAAUAGGAGUCCCUCCUUCAAAAAAAGAGUACAGAAAGAAGAUUACCAAAGAUCUAAUACCAAAAAUAAAAAAAGUUCAAUAUGGACCAGUUCCAUAUUAAAAGGAUUCACCAAAUUCUUUGUACAGUACAUGAAGAGUCCCAUACCAGUGUAUGUCAUCAUGAACAUUUAUAACUCUCUGGGUAUAGAGAGAAGGUCUUAAAUUCCACAACAGAAGAAGAAGCAGGCUAAAUAGCACUGGGAAUCAGAAUAGCAUUGCUCACCUCAAAAGUAACACUGAAAAUCAAACGACUUGCUUCCAAAAUUCAGAGAGCAUGAUAGAGACAUUUUCACACAUACAGGGAUUCAAAAUAUUUACCUCCUAGGAACACUUUUUAAAGGGAAGUACUAGAAUAUUGCAUUGGCAAAAUAAUGGAGCAAACUAAGAAUGAGGAAGAUAGAGGAUCCAGAAAGCAGUAAAUCUAACACAGGAGGGAAGCAAAGAAAAGUCCCAGCAUGGUGACUGUCCAAACAGUCUGGAUUAGAGGUUACAGGAAGUCUCCAAGUCCCAGAAGACCAGAGCUGUGAAUGGGUUACAAAUGUGGGGAAAUUGGUUCCCUCACCCUUGGAGUGUCUGGGUGGGGCCUGGAGUGGUCAGAGUCCCACACCACUGGCCUCAGGCCUUUAACUCCCUUCUCCCAUUUCUCACAAAGAAUCAUAAAUAUAUUAUUUUCUAUGUGUGCCAUGACACAGAAAAUAUUGAAAAGCAUUCUGAUACAUUUUUUGAUGUACUGAAACACUCAGAAUAUAUAUGAUAGACUUUUAACAGAUCUGUUGAGAGCAUUUGGAAAACUCAUAGAUGGUUAUUGUGGCAGACAGUGGACUGAUACCUAUAGGCCAUUCACAACCCUCUUUUCCUUUGAGUUCUUUAGGGUAGGAACUGCAAACCUGAAGUGCUGAUUUUUCUAAACUCCAUUGUGUCUAGAUGUGGUCAUGUGCAUUAGUUCUGGCCAAUAAGAUGUAGGUAGAACCUGCUGAGUGGAGCUUCUUGAAAAGCAGCUAAAUCAUGAACAUGAGACUAAGACUUAUACACUAAGAAUGGAGGAACAGGAGGUGGGAUGAAGACUGAGUCCUUGGUCAUACUGAAGUGUCUUCUCCUCAUGGUUAUAAGAGGCUACACUAUGGCAAAUAAUCAAUAUCUAAAAUUGAAUCAAGUGAUAGAAAUAUUAGAAGACUAUUUAGAAAUGUGGAGGUAAGUAUCAGAAGAAACAGAUCUUUGUGCAUACUGGUUGCCUCUGAGGUAUGGGGAAGGGUGAGAAAAGAAUAUGUUUUCCAUUAUGUAUUAUUUAUGCUUUUAAAACUAUGUGCAUGUAUUACUCUGAUAAAACAAUUCACAGUAGUCUAAAUUACCAAAAAAGCAAGACAUGAUGGCAUUGAAAUGAAAUCCUGAGGUAAAUGUCUCCAAAAUAGGCAGUAGAAUUUAUACAUUCCUCAAAUCAGAAAAGAAUAAAGGAUUAUUUCAUGGAGGGACUAAGAUACACUUACUUAGGUACUAUUUUUCUAGUUUCUGUCACAGUUACUAUGAAAAUCUAAAGGUUGAAGAAAAACAUUUUUAAAGCUAAUUUUUGUUACAAAAGUUGAGCUGUAGUUCUACUGGGAGAAUGUCUUAGUCAGUUCAAGCUGCUAUAACAAAUUACCAUAGUUAGGGUGGCUUAAACAAUAAACAGCUAUUUCUCACACACAGCUCUGGAGACUGGAAAGUCCAAGAUCAAGGUGUCAGCAGAUUAAGUGUCUGCUAAGAGCCCACUUCCUGGAUUGCAGAUGGCUGUCUUCUCUGUGUAUCCUUAUAUGGCAGAAAGCAGAGCAAAAACAUCAAACUCAUGUUUCUUCUUAUUAGGGCACUAAUUCCAUUCAUGAGGGCUCCAACCUCAUGAAUAAUUACUUCCAAAAGGCCACACCCCUACCUCCUAACCGUUACAUUGGGGAUAGGACUUUAGCAUAUGAAUUUUGUGGUGACACAAACAUUUAGUCCAUAAUGGGUGGGGGGAGUAAAUAAGUUGAAAAAUUUUCAUUAAAAAUGAAGAAUAGCCAGGCGCAGUGGCCCAUGCCUGUAAUCCCAGCACUUUAGGAGGCCGAGGCGGGUGGAUCACGAGGUCAAGAGAUCAAGACUAUCCUAGCCAACAUGGUGAAACCGCAUCUCUACUAAAAAAUACGAAAAUUAGCUGGGCAUGGUGGCUCAUGCCUGUAGCCCUAGCUACACCAGAGGCUGAGACAGGAGAAUUGCUUGAACCCAGGAGGCGGAAGUUGCAGUGAGCCGAGAUCUUGCCACUGCACUUCAGCCUGGUGACAGAGCAAGACUCCAACUAAAAAAAAAAAAAAAAAAGGAAGAAUUAGACAUUGUGUAGUCCUGAUCCAACCGGAAGCAAUUUCUUUUAGCAAUAAUUUCAGUAUUUCCAAAACAUAAUUUUCUCCUUUGUCUUUUGAAUCUAAAAGUAGCUGUCAUUUCUAAUUUAAUGAUCGUUUUUUUACUCUUAAAUUUAUGCAUCUAUAACUUUAUUCUCCUCUGUUUGUUUUAGUCUAAUGAACUCCUUAUGUCACACACAGUUGGCAUUUCAACUUACUUCAUUUUGGAGAUUAUAACUUUAGGGCUUACACACUGAAGGUGCUCAAUAAAUGUAUGUAGAAAAUUUGACCAUGCAGACCAGAUGCACAUUAAGGCUAUUACCUAAGACAAAUUUAGGUAGAGGUGCACCUCACCUUCUUAGCAGGGACAGUUGGGUCUCUUAUGAUAAUCAGAAUAGAACAGAGUGGAGAAGUGAGUGAGGUCAGAAUGGGGAAAGUGGCAGGAUGCUGGCAAAACAUGUUCUUAAUUUAGAGACAGACAGAGGCCCAGGACUUUCCUGAGCAGAAAAAAAAAGAAAGGAGCUUUCUUUUGAAAAGAGGGAUCAAGAUUAGGACAAUUCCAAGAAAGGGAGAUUUAUCCAUCAGCAGAACCCAAAUGAGAGCCCACAAAAGACACUGUCUACUCAGAGUACAUCUUCAGACAUCAGGGUCCCAAGCUACUGUGUUUACUGUUAGCCCUUAGCCACUGUUAGGUCUUACUGCUUUAUAACUCUUCUUUAAGAAUAUAUUAAUAGUAAAAUUACUUAUGCCUAUAUAGUCAAUAUAACUAAUCCUUAGUUAUUAUCAAAAACAUUUAUAGUCAUCACUUCAUGAUUCAGUUUGUCCUUCUCUAGUCCAAAUGAAUUGAAGUAGGAAUUCACAGGACCUUUCCUAGUGUAGAAAUAUUUUAGUGCUAUUUAAAGAAAGUAAGAAGUAUAUUUCUCCUCUGACAAAAAUUUGCAUUCUGAUAAUAUUUUAUUUGUAUCUUUUUUUAAUGUCAUGGCAAAAAAUGGAGUUGAUGGGCCAGGCACGGUGGCUUACACCUAUUAUCCCAGCAGUUUGGGAGGCUGAGGUGGGUGGAUCCCUGAAGUCAGGAGUUUGAGACCAGCUGGCCCACAUGGCAAAAUCCCGUCUCUAUUAAAAAUACUAAAAUUAGCCAGGAUUGGCGGUGGGUGCCUGUAAUCCCAACUACUCAGGAGGCUGAUGCAGGAGAAUCACUUGAAUCCUGGAAGUGGAGGUUGCAGCAAGCUGACAUCAUGCCCCUGGACUCUAGCCUGGAAGAGACUCCAACUCAAAAAAAAAAAUAGAAAGACAGUGUGGCAAUUCCUCGAGGACCUAGAAAUAGAAAUUCCAUUUGAUCUAGAAAUCCCAUUACUGGGUAUAUAUCCAAAGGAUUAUAAAUCGUUCUAUUAUAAAGAUACAUGCACACGUAUGUUCAUUACGGCACUGUUUACAAUAGCAAAGACCUGGAACUAACCCAAAUGCCCAUCAAUGAUAGACUGGACAAGGAAAAUGUGUCACAUAUACACCAUGGAAUACUAUGCAGCCAUAAAAAACAAUGAGUUCGUGUCCUUUGUAGAGAUGUGGAUGAAUCUAGAAACCAUCAUUCUCAGCAAACUGACGCAAGAACAGAAAAUCAAACACCACAUGUUCUUACUCAUAGGCAGGUGUUGAACAAUGAGAACACAUGGACACAGGGAGGGGAGCAUCACACACUGGGGUCUGUUGUGGGGGAAUAGGGGAGGGACAGCAGUGGGUAGGGAGGUUGAGGAAGGAUUACAUGGGGAGAAAUGCCAGAUAUAGGUGAUGGGGGGAUGGAGGCAGCAAACCACAUUGCCAUGUAUAUACCUAUGCAACAAUCCUGCAUGUUCUGCACAUGUACCCCAGAACCUAAAGUACAAUGAAAUAUAUAUUUUAAAAAAUAGAAAAAGAAAUGGAGUUGAUUGUGAAGAGAAAUCAUUUUGCAUAAUUAACCAUGAAUUACUCUAAUUAGUAGAAAAUAAUUACAGGUUGGACAUAAGCUCUUUCGAAUGCAGAGGAUAGAGUAAAAGAAUAUUGGAAAAAUAAUGCCACCUUAUAGAUGUUGUGAUGAAUCCCAAAGAGGGCUUUUCUUUGAAUUAAUCUUCAACUAAGGCAUUUUAAAUGUCUCCCAUUAGAAAACAUUCAUAUUUCUACAAGACAAAAAUUAUUACCUAGCAUAUGUUGUUAGUUAGAGAAUCUUUAUUGUAAUAAUUAUUAAAGAAGACAUCUUUAAUGCUUCCUAAAAGAGAAAAUAUCAUUUCCUUUAUUCCUUUUAUAACACUUUUCUGGAUCAGCAGAACAGCCUUAGAUAGAUUUAGCAUAUUUGUCCAUCAUAGGAAUGCUUAAAACACUGUAUGUAAAUAGAGUUUAACAUAUUCAUGUCACUUGGAAAAUCUGUAUCAAGUGAUUAACAUGACAGUUGCACUUGUGGCUUCUGUUUCCUGUAGGGGAAUGAUAUAUGGCACACUGAUGAAAAUAGGUAACAGAUUCCUUUGCAAUUAGUUUCUGUUCUAUAAAGACCAUCAUCAGGACCCAAAUGAGAACCCACAAAAAGGUGGUCUACAUUAAGUAUAUUUUGGGGCUAAAGAGAGCCCAGAUAUGGGACUCAGGAGACAUGCACUCCAACAUGGCACCACAGAUAACCAGGUAGUCUCUGACUAACUCUGGAACUUGGACAAGUCUUAUUGCGCCUCUUUAGGUGUUUCUUUAUUAGUAGUACCAUCCAUCUCACAGGAUUGUAACAUGGUAAAAAGGAAUUGUGAAAUUAACUUUUGAAAUUAAAACCAACAGCAACAACAAAAAAGGUAAAGCAUUGUUUGGACAAAAUGUCAUUUUUUGGAAGAUGUAGUUGGGGAGGAAGUGUGGAGAUGUAGAUUAGAGGAUAAAAAAUUGUAGUUAUGUAGGAUGAACAAGUCUAUAUCUAAGUGCAACAUAAGGACUAUAGUUAAUAUUGUACUGUAUUUGGGAUUUUUUUACUAAGAAAGUCGAAUUUAGAUGGUCUUACCACAUAUACAAAAGGUUAACUGUGUGAGUUGAUGGAUAUGUUAAUUUGCUUGACUGUAGUAAUCACUUCACAAUGUAUAUCAGAGAAUCAUAUUGUACAUCUUAAAUAUAUACAAUAAAAAUGUAGCUUUAAUAUAUUUGAUUUUUACCAAUAAAAACAGUGACAAUUUAGAAAUGAGGAGUAUCUGGCAUAUGGCUGAAUAAAGCAUAACUUAUUUUCAUGUCACCAUCAUAUAUGAAAAUAAAUUCAAAGAUGGCUACUUUUAUGAUUGUUAAGAGCUAAUUAUGCAAGAGAGUAUUUUUGCAAAGAAAUAUAUAGUGAUAUUCUGAUCAUUGGUCACAAAUAGUCCCUUGCUAUAUUUCAUUGUGAUUUUCUAGGUUAGGUUUCAAUUUUGAGAACAACAUUCUUGCAUCUUAAAUCCUUGCUUUUUUCUACGUUACUCUUCUGCCACCAUCAAGAAAGCUGUUUUUCCUGAUUGUUCAAAAUAAUAGAUGGAGUCAAAGCCUAUAUAUGGAAUAAACAAAUGGUCUCACUUGCUCAAAAAAUAACAGCACUCCUUGAUCCUUUCAUUAUACCAUCCUCUCUCCUCUUCUUUUCUUUUCUCCUUACAUGAAAUAUUGAAUGAAACAUUAUCUCCAGUGAAUUGCAAUUAAAAUAAACGUUGGUUGCCUGGGAGAAGAGAGAAAGGCCAAGAAUCUCCUUUAAUCUUCUCUUACAGGCUAUUGGCAUGGAUUCUUUUAUCUGAUUAGCGAAAACAGUUAGCUUUCAGUAUGGGCAAGUUGGACUAGGAUUUUAGGAGAAGCUGUUUAGUGGUUAUAAUCAGUGAUUUUUAAGGUUCCUUUCAAUCCUGAAAUAUUUCAUUACAAGUAGACCCGUGUAGCCCAGGGAUGCCCUGAGAGAUAAAGGAAGGGAGACUCUAAAUGAAGUGAAGAAGUAAGAUCAUAGGGGAAAAUUAUGCACUUCACUAUUUUACCUGGAACUAGAGAGCAAAGGCAUGGGUGAGAAAAAAAUUAGCCAUUGAUGCAAUAUAAAACAAGCCACAAACAUCCUAACUUUCUAACCCUUAAAUAGAUUCUUACUGAGAGAAAAAGUAGAUUUCACCAAAGACAAGGUUCUUUGGGGAAGAGGAUAAAGAAAGAGACCUCUGUAUUUGUUCCUUCAAUAAUAGGAGGAACAAAUUAGGAUAUCCAUAGAAUAAGGAUAUAAAUGUCUCAUUCCCAGUGACUACUUAGGUUUUCCAUGAUCUUGAAAUCUAAAAAGCUCAGCAAAGAAAAAUGAGUUCAGGCCUCUUUGUGACAGAGUGGACUCAUGGUUAGAGAAUGAGCAGAGACUAUAACAUUUUCCCCUGCCCCUGUCUUCUGGUCUUAAUCUUUGAUUUUCAGGAACCUCCUCACAAAACAUCCCCUCAUUCUGGCCUCUUGGGACAGGUUCUUGUGAAGACUCAGACUCAGGAGAGCAUAUCUUGUAAUUGCCUUGGCUGAGGGCCUCUUGACUUCGGACAGCUGAAGAAGGGUCCUGAUGCAUAUAUGGGCCAUGUCUGAUUUUACAGAAGUAAUCCUCACAGACAUGGUUUGGUGGAACUUGUAAUCAUCUGUAAGGACACUGUAGAAAUACUCAUCAUUUACUUCGAGUCUAUAAAGUUUUGUGGAUUGAAUAGGAAUGACAUAUCAAGUGGCAACUACUAGUGGAGGAUGAAAGUUGGCCACUUCCUGCUCCUGGUCACUCUAACCUCCAGCUCCUUCUGGAAUCCUGGCAGGCUCUACCCAUGAGGCCACAAAGAGGGACUCUCAGGGUCAUACCUGUAGUCUGUGGAGGACUAGCAUCCUCUUUUGAUGGAAUUGAAAUGCAACACUUAAUACUCUUAGAAGAGAGAAAGUGAAUGGUAAAAAUUCUAACAACCUGGCUUGAAUGUUUGUAUUACAAAAUUAGAGAAAAAUCAAAUUCGAGGGGACAUGUAAAACAUCACAAAAAUGAAUGAGUGAUAUUGAUAAUUCUGACUCUGUGUUGGCCUCAGCUAAUGUGUGGGUCUUAGUUUUUAACAAAAAAAAUUUUCAAAAGUAAAAAAUAAAAUAUUUUUAAAAUAGAAAAAAGCUAUAGAAUAAGGAAAUGAAGGAAGAAUUUUUUUGUACAGCUGUACAAUGUAUUUGUGUUUUAAGCUAAAUGUUAUUACUAGAGCUAAAAAUUUAAAAUGUAAUCAUUUAUAAAGGUAAAGAUACACUAAGCUAAGGUCAAUUUAUUAUUGAAGAAAAAACCAUUUUUUAUAAAUUUAGUAUAGCCUAAGUGUUCAGUGUUUAUAAGUUCUAAGUAGUGUACAGUAAUGUCCUAGGCCAUUACAUUCAUUCGCCACCCACUCACUGGCUCACCAGGGCAGCUUCCAUUCCUGCAAGCUCAAUACAUGGUAAGUGCCCUAUAGAGGUACAUCAUUAUCUUUCAUAUCAUAUUUUUAUUCCUUUUUAUGUAUAGAUAUGUUUAGAUACACAGGUACCAGUGUGUUACAUUAUUCCAGGACAGUAAUUUGCUGUGCAUGUUUGUAGCCUAGGAGCAAUAGGCUAUACUAUAUAGCCUAGGUGUUUAGUAGGCUCUACCACGUAGGUUUGUGUAAGUUCACUCUAUGUGAUGUUCAGUGAUAUAGUUGCCUAACAAUGAAUAUCUUAAAAUGUAUCCUUAUUGUUAAGUAGUGCAUAACUGUAUUUAAGUAUUGUGAACAUGGGAUGUAUUUUUAUAAUCUGUUCAUAUAGCUCAGGGGUCUCCAACCCCAAGGCCACAGAUGGUUCCAGUCCAUGGUCUGCUGGGGAACAGGCCACACAGCAGGAGGUGAGUGGUGGGCAAGUGAGUGAAGCUGAACUCCACCUCCUGUCAGAUCAGCAGCAGCAUUAGAUUAUUAUAGGAAUGUGAACCCUAUUGUGAACUGUGCAUGCAAGAGAUUUAGAUUGCACACUCCCUAUGAGAAUCUAAUGCCUGAUGAUCUGUCACUGUAUAUAUACAUGUAUAUACAUUGUAUAUUACAAUGUAAUAACAAUAGAAAUAAAGUACACAAUAAAUGUAAUGCACUUGAGUCAUUCCAAAACUGUCUCUCCUCCCGGACCCCAUUUGUGGAAAAAACUGCCUUCUACAAAACCAGUCCCUAGUGCCAAAAAGGUUGGAGACCUUUAUGAACUAUUUAUAUCGUAUUAUAUAUAUAGCUUAGUGAUAGCCAGUGCAAAAGCACAAAGAUGGAGAGGAGACAAGCAUAUAAAUAAUAAGAUCCCAAAGCUAAUAAGGUAAAUGUCAUAGGAGGGAACAAAAACAAAUCUAUGGGUGUUAAGGGCAGAGGAAUAAUAUCCAGUUGGAAAAUGCAUUCAGGGAGAACAAGUAAUUUGAUGGAGAUCUGGAGACAGAUAAGUAGGAUGUUAGUGGGUGACAUUGGGAAGAAAUAUGCAGUGGGGAGGAAGGAGCAUAAAUUAGAGCUUAGAGGCAGGAUACAUAGAGUCAUGGACAAGACACUCCAAUUUAAUCAUAGCAUGAUAUCAACUCUAUGAUAUGUUGGCAAUCUCCCUUUUCCUCACACUUCUGGAAUGUUUGCUACUGCAAUUUGGUUUAGUUCAACAGUCAUUCCUUGGAUACCCACUAAGUGACAAACACUGUUCCAAAGCAGGGAAAUAAAAUAUAAAAAGGUAUACACAUUCUUUGCCUUUAGAUCACUUACAGCGGGGCAAAUCCUUUGAACUAUCAUGGUUAUUGGAAAUAUGCUUAGAAUGCUUUUGGAUGGAGAGGCAUCCUUAACCUAAUCUGUGAAGUCAGUCAAGACUUACCAAAAACAAAUUGGUUAGAACUCAGUCUAGAUGGACAAGUAGGAAUUGAGUAAAAAACAGAAACAAGGGUAUUCAAGGCACAGGGAAGAAAAGUGUGAGCAAAAGGUAUGAAACAGCAUUUCAGCUUGGGAAACUAUAAGAAGUUUAGAAUUCCAGAAGCAUUCAUUCAAGUAAUUUCUAAGGAGUAUCAUUACUGCUCCAAUAUUUGCUUUUUGUUGUGAAACUGAGAUAGAAAUUUAAUUAUAUGGCUUCCAUGGUAAGCCCACACCCUUUACUAACUUUGGAGCUACUAAUGGUGUUUCAUAUAUAGAAUACCUACAUGUUUGUGUUAAGCGUUUUGUCGUUAUUCUAACACAUGAUGAUUUUGUAAACAAACAUUGCAUAGAUUCAAUGUUCUCUGAAUUUCAUUACCUUGACUCAAUGAGCUUUAUGAUUGUAAUACUAUUGGGCACUAUACCCAAGAGUUAUCAGAAUGCCCAACAAUGAGACAUUUGCAGCAUUCCUACCUUCUUGUUUUAAUUAAAAAAAUUGUCUUAUAAGUGAAUUUAAGUAUUAUUCACACAACCCCUUAUUAUCAUACACUUCUCAGUCCCAACUAUUUUCUUAUUUUCUCACUACUGACAUCUUAAAUCUCUAUAAUAUUAUUUAUGUGUCCCUUUAAACACUGAUAUCCAAAUAUAUGAAGAGCAAAAGUGCUCUUCUUGGACUUAUACUUCUAUCUUCUCUGCCCUGAUCUAAUAAUUCUCUAUCUUUGAAAUACAUUUUCAGAAAGCAAAAUUUAAAUCAAAACUGUCAUUUCAAAAUAUAGGGCUAUCUACAGGAUGGGUAUAUAUAGCUAAAUAUGCCACUCAGUGGACCAGGAGUUUAUAUAAAUAUAUAUAAAAUUUAUAUAAAAACCAGAAGUUUUUAUAUAUCUACAUUUAUAUAUAAAUAGCAUGUGUGACACCAGGGUUUCAAUCACUGCUCAGUUUUGUGGCAAGUGUGGAUCACUGUGGAAUCUCAGUCUUCCUGGCUUCUGAUUUGUGGGGCUCUGCACAGCCGUAAUGGAAGCAAAAGAUGUGAAAUCAGAUACCACUGAGAAUGUAUAUUUUUAAGAGUGAAGCCUUUUAUUCUCUUGCUAAGCUUUUUUGUUAUGCUAUUUAUUUCCAUUUUAAGGAAAGUUUUUUUAAAUGACACAUAAGUCAUUUGAAAAUGGUAUCUACACUCACCAGACAGAAAAUUAAAGGAUAUGUAUAAUUUAAAUUUUAAAUGCUUUCUUUGGUUAUCAAGAUAUUUUGAGUUCUGAAAUGUUUGAAUAGUUGCUUCAUACUCAACUCCUACAUGUAUACAUAGUAAAAGAGGAAAAAAUCAUUUGAAAUGUUCAUAUUUUCCUCUUAUGUCAACAUCGACAUGUCAUAAUAUUUUUUGUUUUAUGGGACUCAUUUCCAGUUGAUGCAGAAUUUUAAAGUCAAGAUAAUCACAAUAAUUAAGGAGUAAAUGUGUAAAUGAGCACCUGAUUCAAGUUAUUUAAUUAACAUAGGUUCAUGGAAAUUUGACAACUGGAGGAUUAAAUAUGGAUUUUCAUCUAAUCUGUUUCUGUACUUUUCAGUUCUCCUAAACUAUCACCAAAUAAAGGGCAAAGGUAAAGAAUUAGAAAUGUGAAAAAAAAAUUAGGAAGCUAUUUCCUGUUCCUUUGUGGCUUGCCUAGUCUAAUGCUCCUUCAUUGAGAAGUUCUUAGAGACAAUUCUUGUGAAUCUUUUCUAUGCGGGGGGAGUGAGAAGAUGGAGAAAAAUGACUCUCCUCCCCAAAUAUAGCUCUAGUGGUGUUGAUGUUAAUCUGUUCAGGACAGACGAAGCCCUUUAGUAUGAAUGGGAGCCCUGGGUCCCCCAGGACCAGGUAAUCCUUGCUUUUUAUCCCCUCUUAUCACAAGCUAAUCACUUUAUUCCUCCUGAAUUCCUCCUGUUAAAAGUCAGAUAAAAAGCCCAACGGCAGCAACUAAACCUACCUUCCACUUCAUCUGAAUGGAACAGGCUCCCACCAAUGUUUCUCUCAGCAUACAAAUAUUUCUCGUCUCUAUUCCCACUACUAAACCAUUACCCCUAAAGAGUCCCAGACUGAAUUUUCAGAUUCAGGCCAAAUCCCUUCCAUUUACUUCCACAGUGAUCUUCCUUGAACAUUGCUUUACCAUAUUCUUACCCUGCUUUCUGCUCCCUCUAACUGGAAAGAAUCAAUACUUACUUAGGGCCAAAUAAACCAGCUAAUCUAGAAUUCCAAACUAACAAUAAUGUUAAGGUGAUGUGCUGGGGGUGUUGUACCAGCCUAAAGAAAGCUUGUUGGGAGAGUCUUUUUUUUACGGGAUGAGUUGGCUUACCCCCUCUAAACACACCAAAAUCAGAGUAGAAGAACCCAGCAUAGGAUCAUCAGGAGGAAGAAGUGGGGCAGUGAGAAAAUGAGUAGUAGUCUGGACAUUGAAGUUCCAGGAGUUCAUCGUGGUGAAAUUGUCUAGAAUAACAAAUAUGGAUUCGGAGCUUAUCAGGGAACUCUGAUCGUGAGAGUCCUCAGGGGUUCUUAGGGAUUUAUGAGAUAACAAGUUAUGAGAUAGCCAAGGAUGGGUUUGUAGAGUUAAGAGGAAAGGGCAGAGAUAGAGGGAGGAGGAGCUAUGAGGAGGAGGGCAACCAGGAGAGAAGAGUGCAAGAAAGCAAGGGCAGAAAGUUUUUCAGAAAAGAAGGAGCAUUCACUAGUUUAAAUUCCAGAGAGGCCAUGUUAGAUUAAGAUUAAAAAGGGAAAAUGGAAAGAGAGAAAUACAGAAAGCAAGUAGACUACUUAGGCAAAUUAGAUUUUCAGUAAUAAAAGAGAACAGACUUUUAUUCCUCAAUUUUUCUUUCUGUAUUCACCUCAUAUUUAUCUCCAAACAAAACCAUAUUUCUACAUUGUGUGUCAAUAUUUGAUCUUAUCAAUUUAAAAAAAUAUAUUUGACUCUUCACAAAUCCCACAUUUGGCCUUAGGUCUUAAGCCUAAGGCCAAAUCUUCAUUCUACCAAAUCCCUUUUCUCCAUUCCCAGCCACUGGCCUUUUCUUUGCCCGGAUGUUUCUUGUAUUGGUCUCUCCUCUGGCCUAUGUGCAAUGUACCUGUCAGACAUGAACAAUGUUCUCAGUGGCUUGGAAGUCAAAGUCGAAGGGCUAAGUAGAUAAAAGAUGAGUCUGUGUCCCAUCAUAAAGGCCUUUUGUGGGCUGUUAAAGGAAUUUAUAUUUAACCUGAGGAUAAAUACAUGGGGAAUCACUGAAAGGUUUUAGAUAGGGAAAUAACAUCAUCAGAUUGCUUUAUAGAGAGUUGACUCUAGCUAAAAAGAGGUAUUAUUAGAGGAAUGGGAUAGGAGACUACAAUAUCAAUUUGGAAGUCACUGUUGCAGCCAUUCCAGCCAGAGAUGAUGGUAAUCUAACUUAUGUUACCAGCAGAAAGGACUCAUUCAAGAGACAUUUAUUGUAUAGUAGACAAUAUCAAUAGGAUUUGGAGGUUUAUGAAACCAGAAAAAGGAAAAUCAUGAUGCCCCAAAUUUCUCCUAUGGCCACUAGAUGAAGUCAUUCAUCUAGUGGCCAUAGGAGAAAUGCUGUCAUUCAUUCAUCUAGUGGCCAUAUAUCUAGUUCUCUGAUGGAGAACACCAGAGAAAAAGGCUUUUGUGGGGAAAGUGCCUGUGAAACAUCCAAGAGUCAAACAAACAGGGGUUACAAUCAUAAAUCUUUGAUCAAAUUACUUAUCUUAGAGUGCCUCAAUUUCCUUAUCUAUGAAAUGGGGAUAAUAGUACUAUUUCAUUGAGCCAUUGAUAGAAUUAAAUGAGAUAAUGUACAUAAUGUAUUUUACACAGUAAUCUGGACUAUAUAAGUACUCUUAAUAAUUAAUAUGAUUAAUAUUAUUUAAAACUUUGUUAAGGUGGUAGUUCUCCAUGGCAUUUUUACAUAUUUUGUGAUGGCUUUUGUCCCAGACUCUCUGUUCAAGGAAGUUUGCAUAACAGACAGCCUCAAGAGAGUGGGUCCCUCAGGCUAGAAAGCAGAUUUGUUUCUCUACUGGGAUAAUAAAAAUACUGACUCCUUCCUGGGCAAAGGUUGAGCUGGUUUGUUAGUGGCCCCCUAAAAAGACUGGGUUUCCCAAACUGAGGUUCCUUAGCUGUGACACAAAUUCACUGUACAUGCAGCAUCCACUUAGGCCACUCUGCAUUGCUUCCAUGAGACUUGGGAAU